AUGCGACCACGGUAUUCCGCGGUGGCAGUCUAAAGUUGGCCGGCCGCUCCCGGCACUAGGCUGCGCGGGGUCCCUUCCUUGCAACAGGGGAGGGCGCUCUCUCACGGGGAGGGAAUUGGGUGCCUGCUCCCUUUUCCCUUGCAGGCUCGCAGGCCUCCUUGCAUCGGCUCCUGCACCGAUUGGCUCUCCUUUGCUCUGCCGCCGCUUCCCCCUCCGGCUCCCUUGUGUUGGAUUUCCUCCAUCCCUCCUGGAAGGGGAGAGGCAGCUGUUGCUGCUCUUCACCAUGGUCUGCCCCGCAGGUGCGUGGAGCUGCAGCGGCGGCGUGCAAAGGACCAGCUCGCCUUAGCUUUCCGGUAAGAGGCGCAUCUGCCAACCAGCAAAGCGGAGCUUGGGGCGGCGGCGGCGGCGAAGGAGCGCAGGAGGCUCCGCGGCUCGUGGGGAAGGAACCGAGCGCGGUGCACAGCUCCCACUUCCGGCUGCCAUUCAGCUGCAGAGCGGAGGACGCGAAAGAGAGGGUCCCUGGUGCGACCCUGAACCACCGCUCCCAUCGUCCCUGGCCGUCCGCCGCGGCAGGGUGGGCUGAUGGGAGUUGUAGUCCAAGGCCUCGUUUCCUUUAACAGGCCUUGAGUGGAAACCCCUAUUAAACACAACAUGGGUGUGUUGUGGGAUGCCUUUUCUGUCUCUCUGUUUUGCAGCUGCCUCUGCUGUUCUUAGAAUAAAGGGAUAUCUUUCCCCCGCCCAAGGAAAUGAAGGGUUUUAAACCAAAAAAACUGGUGGAGGGAAUCUUCUCAUGGAACAAGAUCGAGGUUCUGUUUUGCGUGUUGUCUCCAGUUUCAAGUUAGAUUGAUAGCUUGUUCCCUAGGCAGUGGCUCCAAAAUGCCUUCUCGGUGAAGGCUCGACUGCAGGCACGAUGCUAUCUCUUUAAAACACAUUAAUUUCCCCCAAAGAAUCCUGGGAGCUGUAGUUUCUUUGGUUUGGUUUAGUUUUCUUGCCCAUUCAUUUUUAUUGAUCCUCUCCCCUCCCAUUUUAAACAAAUGGAGCAAAUUUAAUGGAACUGUAAUCUGUGUGUGUGUGUGUGUGUGUGUGUGUGUUUGUUUUAAAGGCUUCUGGGAAUUGUAGCUCUGUGAGGGGCAAACUACUCCGCAUUUGGGUUGUGUGUGGAAAAGGAUGUGCUUUCAAUGCGUGAUGUGCACACAGCCUUAGCGGGGUCCCCUCAACCUGACACAUCCUGAGCAGGUCUGUUCUGUUUGGUUGUUGCAGUGCUUUUUUUCUGGGGGGACACAGGGGGACGCAUACCCCUAAACAUGUUGCGAAUCUUUGUACUUUUGUCCAUUUACUGUAUUUAUUUUUCCUGCUUUGAACUAUAAAAUGGUGAUUUUCUUGAGUCAAAAUGAGAGUACUCCUAAACAUUUUUUAAGAAAAACAACAACAUUGGGUUGUUGGCUUGUGAAAGUAACAUUUUGGGGGAAGUGCCUGUUUUGUGUGUCGGUGUGCAGAGCCUGUACUCAACAAUCCUCACAUAAUUGUGGAGGGCAGUGUUAUACCAGACUGGAAAAUAUUUAGUGGGGUGGGGAAUGAUUAAAAACAGCUACAAGCCUAGUGGUGGAGCGAGAGAGUAAAAGGCAGAAGUCCUUGCCCAGAAUCCAGGCUAAGUGUGAGAGAAAUGUGACCUUGGAACAUGAGAAGGGCAGGUUGCAAAGUACUGUAUGUUAGGGCUGGGCGAUAUCUGGUUUUCAAUAUCAUGAUAUAUCACCAGCUAAACAUCACGAUAUACCGACGUAGCACAAUAUCUGAAAGAAGAUGGAGCUACGUAGAGGCGAACAUGGUAAUGUCCUGGCAACUGCUACUAAGUGGCAGGUCUAAAUCACCACACACUGAUGAAAUCAUCAGCAGGCGAGCCAAAAUGCAUCCAAACAGGACUUUGGUUGGGGGCUUGGAUACCAAAUGGUGGUAUUCAGGUCCAGGAUAAUCCAAAAUACAGUGAUGAGUCACAGUGAAUGCAACUAAUCAGGGGAAAUGUUGAGCAACAACAACAAAAUCUAAAUUUGAUGCAUAUAAUUAUAGGAAAAUUAAUGAUAGCAUGCUUCAACUGAAGAUUUCUGGAGACUAUAUUAAUGUUCUAUGCAGUUUUAGGGGCAAAUUUAAAAUUCACAAAAAUAGUAGAUUUAGUAAAAAAUAAUGAGCCUGGAUAGCUCAGUUGGUUAGACCAUGGUGCUGAUAACACCAAGGUUGCAGGUUCGAUCCCUGUAUGGGCCGGCUGCAUAUUCCUGCAUUGCAGGGGGUUGGACUAGAUGAUCCUCAGGGUCGCUUCCAACUCUACAGUUCUAUUAUUCUAUGAUUCUAUGAUUCUAUGAUUCUAUGAAUAAUUAAAAUGGCAGUAAAGUCAUUACAGGGGGAGAGAAAGACUUAUCUCGUACACACACAAGUAGAAGGGGAGAUGGGAGUAAAGAAAGAGAGUGGUAAAUAACAGGGCAACGUUUUUUGUUCUUACUCUGAAGAAAACAACCUCAGUUUCUUCUUUCAUGGGGGUAAGGAAGGGCUGCAGAAUGAAAAGAAACAGAGGAAGCACUGGCUGGCUACACAGUUUUCUCAAAAUUGCGAUGUUUGCCAGAUAACAUUUUAUGAAACCGUUGCCGUGCUGUGGACUUCAUAACUGAUUUAGAACGACAUAUUGAAAAAUUGCCCUAUAUGUAGUCAUCUUCAACCAUAGAAAAAUAAUGCAGCACUCACAAAUUGUAAGCUUUUUCAAAUGUUGUGGAUAACUUUAAAAGGCUGCUGUCCUAGGCAUGUUUGCUUAGAAUUAAGUUCCCUUUGAAAUCAACAAGAUUUAGCUACUAUGCCAGUAUGUAGAAGCUUGUGGUAUACAUGCUGGUUGAAUGCAAACAAUUACGGGCUGCAGUGCGUUGAGCUUGUGUGUUCUCCGCUCCAACACAGUUGUGGUUGGCAGAUGGAGGCUGUGUUAUACUCCUAGCUUUGUACUCUGAGAUUUGUUCAAGGCAUAGAUAACCCCCAGUCCCAGACAGGUUUAGUAUUACUUGUUUGGCAGUGUCCCUCAGCUCAGCAGAUUGGUUUUCCACCACUGGUCCAGCAUUUUAAUUUUGCUAUUCUGUCAACUAAAUAUAGGACCAAGCUGCUGGGCUGCUUUUGCGGUGGCUAGAAAAACCUCUCAGUUUUUCUUUGCAUGUAUCUUUACUAACUUAAAACGCCAGCAGAACGCACUAACAAUUGUAUACUGGAAUAUGCUGAGCAUUGGGCAGUAAACGUUGGACCAGACCACAUAGACGGGCCAGAGUCUGACAUUUUACCAGCAUGUAAGUAAUCAGAUUGCUCCAGAAAUUGCUGGUAAUAGAUGUGUAAUUUAUUACCCGGACAGCUAAUAGUGACUAUAUUCCUAUUAGACUGAGAAAGGGCCUUCUCAACAGUGGCCCCUCCAUUGUAGAACACCCACCCUAAAGAGGCCUGCCUGGUUCCUGUUUUAAUGUCUCUUGAGUGCCUUUUUAGUCUUCCAAUUUAAUAACGUCUGUGGAAAUAAUAAUGGGCAAUAUGCAACUUGGAGUUGGCCCAUUGAUAACAGUGGAAAAGUUGCUUUGCUUUGAGUAUGUCUAAAGUUAGUCCUUUCCUAGGUAAAUUGCCUCUGUAGCCUUGAAUAUUUUCUGAUUUAGGUUCUGUCUUUAAUGCCAAACUGCAUGGGACCUUCUUCUAACUUUUCAUAUGUAAAGGGAGGUAUUACUCCUCUCUUCCUUAUUUCAUCUUAUGUCAUUUUAAAUUCACCCCCUGGGAUUCACACAAAUAGUUUUAUAUUGUUCAAAGGUGGGGAACCAGAUGCAAGCCUAUUGAUUUCCUUCCCAUAUGUAUGCUUCAGAUUUCAGAAAUACUGUUAGGGUAAACUGUUUGUAUCCCUGACACUGAACAAAUAAUAUCUGUAGUCUUCUAGUUUAACCUGCUUUUUUGUUUGGGACUGAUAGAGCCUUCCUUGUUAUAAAUUAUCUACAGUGGUACCUCGGGUUACAUACGCUUCAGGUUACAGACGCUUCAGGUUACAGACUCUGCUAACCCAGAAAUAGUACCUCGGGUUAAUAACUUUGCUUCAGGAUGAGAACAGAAAUCGUGCUCCAGCAGUUCAUCGGCAGCAGGAGGCCCCAUUAGCUAAAGUGGUGCUUCAGGUUAAGAACAGUUUCAGGUUAAGAACGGACCUCCAGAACAAAUUAAGUACUGAACCUGAGGUACCACUGUAGUUUCUUUGAUAGCUAGAAGUACACGGAAAUAAUUCACAAGGAUUUGGUAGUAUUUCAUUCCCCCUCUUACUCAGAUGUUUGAUGGUGAGAUAAACUGAAAGAUGAUAGAGAUCCACUUUUAAUAUGUUACCUACAAAAUAAAAGAAAAUGACUCCCCACUUUCCUGCAGGCUGCUGAUGAAGAGCCGUAACUUCUACAAGCAGAGGCUUAGCCCUUUUACGUCCACGUGUGUCUUUCCCACAGCAUAAAUUUGCAUCUACUGGCCAGCUUCUGCACUGCAAGAUGUAUUUGCCUCUUGAACUCAUUGCAUGUCUCAGGCAACACCAGUUGCAAAGAACGAAAGGGGACUAAUGGACAAUAUUUUCUUAGAAUUGUCCCAGUUAUGUCGUUUCUUGGUAAGGAUUCUUGGGGGGCGGGGGCAUCCUGGCAGUUGUGGUCGAUGCUGAAUUUUAGCUGCAUGUUGGUUUUAGAAUAAGUGCUAUUUGUCUGUCUUUAAAAAAUGUUUUGAAAACCCUUAUGAAGUAGUAGUACAAUGGCAUCUGUUGUUUGUUUGUUUUAGCAACUUCCAAAGUGUUUUCUUGGUGGGACGUGUCUGCAUGGAGAAAAAGAUGGGAGAAGCAGUUGCCAGAGUAGCCAGAAAAGUGAAUGAAACGGUUGAAAACAAAGCAGAUUCGCUUGGUAAGUGAAAUAAAUAUUUCAGAGGAAAGCCAAAGUAAUCCACUUAUCAGUUGCCCAUCAGUGCCAGUUCUCUAGGUGGCAUAGAAAAUAAAAUGAAUUCAAAUCCACAGUUCCUCUAAAACUAGAAUUUGACACAGCAGGAAGUGAAAAGUGUAUAAAAACAAGACAAUUGUUUCAAAGCAGAGAGAAUCACAACAACAAGUUAAUACGCCCUAGUUCUACUCUAAGCUGUUUUAACUACUCUAAGCAGUUUAAAAGUAUGUAAACAGUGAAUAUAAAAACAAACAGAAUUUCUUCAUUAUAUAAAGCACAAUAAACUACUAAAUAGAAGGACCUCUUUAGUAUCAAAGUAAAACUUGUAACAAUCAGCCUCAAAAAUAUAUGGAAAAGUCAUAGUAGCCAUAGUAAACAACUAAACAAAAUAUACCAGGAAGCAAAAUAUUACAAAUGAACAUCAUCUAAAAAGUAUAUAGGCCAUUUUAAAAAUAACAUGAUUGACAAUUAAGGGAGGGGAAUCCACUUCACAACCACAAUACCUGAAUCAGUCAAAUCAUUAAAUGAAUCGACUGCUUGACAAUGAGAGGUGGUGGACUCUCCUUCCUUGGAGGUUUUUAAGCAGAGGUUGGAGGGCCAUCUGUCAUAUAUGAUCUAGUUGAGAUUCCUGCAUUGCAGGGAGUUGGACUAGAUUACCCUUGGGGUCCCUUCCAACUCUACAAUUCUUUGAUUCUAUAAUGCAGUUAAAUUCCCAGUCAUCUGUACAGCAAUAAACACAAUCUAGCUACAGCUAAGAAUGUUCAGUUUCAUUCAAGCUUACCAUUACACGGUCAACACACAUCCAUCAGAUGCAUUGAUACUCUAAACCAAUAUACACAAACUUACUGUUUUAGCACAUAUUACAUUCUCCACUCUAUCCAAUUUGGGAUGGUUCAACCUUAGAAGAUGAGAGUGUAACCCUCUACUUGCAGCCCUGAUUUCUCUUUUAAAAGUUCCAUUUUUUAUUCACUUGACCUUUGAAUGAUGAUUCAAGUAGUGCUCAAAGGAGGAGGAGGAGGAGAAGGUGAAGAAACACAACUCUUGGUCUGAUGCUAUGGUGCUCUGGCUAUAAAAUAUACUUUAUCAUGUUUCUCCCCUCUUACAAUACCUUGUGAGGUUGGUCAUUAUUACAGGGAGGCUGUGAUUGACAAAUUCUCAGAGUUCCACUGGCAAAAGCUGAAAUGACAAAGGAAUUUAAGAAGAUAGGAAGUAAAAAUAAAUCCAUCAAUUCAUUUUUCAGUUACAGGUUAGAAAUGUAAUGGCUAAUCUCAUCUUUACCACUCUGCAUAAGUUUCCAAGUCUGAUAUAAGUUACUAACCCACCUUUUCACUAGUUCACUUGCACAUUUGUUAGCUUAAAAGAGAGUAGGGGACUGAAGAGCUUUUGCGUAGCUUCCUUUACCGGGCCUCCUAGGGAUGGGUUUUUUACUCAUUGCGCGUGGCCUUUUCAAGUCUGUGCACAACCUUCUCUUGGAACAAUAUAGUAACAAAUACAGUGGUACCUCGCGUUACAUACGCUUCAGGUUACAUACGCUUCAGGUUACAGACUCCGCUAACCUAGAAACAGUACCUCAGGUUAAGAACUUUGCUACAGGAUGAGAACAGAAAUCAUGCUCUGGCGGUGCGGUAGCAGCAGGAGGCCCCAUUAGCUAAAGUGGUGCUCCAGGUUAAGAACAGUUUCAGGUUAAGAACAGACCUCUGGAACAAAUUAAGUACUUAACCCAAGGUACCACUGUAUAUAUUAAACAUGCAGGCUGGGUAUUAAUUGCAUUUGUUAAAUCACGUUACUAAGGGAUAUAAUAAGGGACGCAGGUGGUGCUGUGGGUUAACCACAGAGCCUAGCGCUUGCCGAUCAGAAGGUUGGCGGUUCGAAUCCCCGCAACAGGGUGAGCUCCCAUUGGUCAGUCCCUGCUCCUGCCAACCUAGCAGCUCGAAAGCACGAAAUGCGGGAAGGUUAAUGGUGUUUCCGUGCGCUGCUCUGGUUCGCCAGAAGUGGCUUAGUCAUGCUGGCCACAUGACCCGGAAGCUGUACGUCGGCUCCCUCGGCCAGUAAAGUGAGAUGAGCACCGCAACCUCAGAGUCAUCUGUGACUGGACCUAACGGUCAGGGGUCCCUUUACCUUUACCUUUAAGGGAUAUAAUGGAGGAUAAGGCCAACUCUUGCAAAUAAUUAUUUGUUACACCUGUAAUCCUAUCCAAGGAACUGAUUUGCUUAGCAUCAGCAAUGCUUUUGCAUCAGUUGAGCCCAGAUCAUUAACUGGGCCUCAUGAGAGCAACACUCAUAGUUAUGUCUAUUAUGUUGUGGUUUAUGAACUCUUUAUUCACUCUGACUGGACAUCCAGCAGGUGGAGUUGUUGCACUGCUAACCAAGAAGCAACUCUCUCAGCCCACUGAUUUUUCAGCUCUGGGGACAGUGAAAAAAUGAAAGUGCGAGUCACACCAUCUCUUUUUCGUGGGCAUCUUCUGAUGGCACAUUCACUAGGUCACUUAGCAAAAACUUAGCAGCUCCUUUGGAUUUUCAUUAAUUGUGCAAACAUUGGUUUUAAAAAACCAAACAAACUUCAAGCGGUGUACAGUCAUACCUUGGGUUACAGACGCUUCAGGUUGCGCGAUUUCGGGUUGCGCACCGCACCGAACCCGGAAGUAAUGGAACGGGUUACUUCCGGGUUCCGGCACUUGCACAGAAGUGCUGAAUCGCACCAUGCGCAGAAGUGCCAAAUCAUGACCCGUGCAUACGCAGAUGUUGCGAACGCGCCUCCCUUACGGAUCACGUUCGCAACAUGAGCGUUCACUCAUUGGAGUGAUGGUAAGUUUAAGAGAGCCAGUGUGGUGUAGUGGUUAAGAGCAGUAGAUUCGUAAUCUGGGGAACCGGGUUCGCGUCUCCGCUCCUCCACAUGCAGCUGCUGGGUGACCUUGGGCCAGUCACACUUCUCUGAAGUCUCUCAGCCCCACUCACCUCACAGAGUGUUUGUUGUGGGGGAGGAAGGGAAAGGAGAAUGUUAGCUGCUUUGAGACUCCUUUGGGUAGUGAUAAAUCCAAACUCAUCUUCUUCUUCUUCUAAGGUGGUGAGUCAGUCAGCUUUUUGCCAUAGCUGCUCUGCUUCCAAAAUUAAACCUCACUGUCACUUUUAAUUUCUGGCAAAUGUUUUCAGACAAAGGGCCCCUCAGGUAGUUGACUGAGCUGAGAGGUACCUGGUGCAAAGAAGGUGGGGAAACUAUUAUCAACUCAAGCAUGAAAGAAAGUGCAAAAUAUUUUAAAAAAUACAAAAUCACAGCCUCUAAAGAAAAAGGUGGAAAGUUGGAAGCUAACAACAUUAGCAGGUCAACAUUCAAAUAUUCUACCACCUGUUCAGAAAGGGAUUUAUUAGUUCCUUCAAGGAAGAUCUUCAAAAUGGUCAGUACCUGUUCUUGAAGUUAACUUUAGCAAAUCUGCCAUCUAUAAUCCUGGAGGGUGAAAUGUUAAUACGUGCCAACAAAACUGCACUUGAAUUUUGUUAGAAAAUAGCAAUAUGGCAGGUAAGGAAAGCAUUUGUAAGAUUAUUGCUAGUGGCGCUCAAAGAGACAGCAAGACAUCCUUGCAGAUGCUGACUCACUGGCGUCAGUCCCCGUAGCAGGCAACUUGAAUUUGAUACGGUCUCUUGCUUGUCAUUAAUACUAAUUUAAUUGAUGGACACAGUACAUAUGGUGGUAGGAGUAGUGAAUGGUUUUACAAGAAAGCAAAAAAGAUAGAAGCACCCAUGCCUGCAGCUCCUUGUUAUGACAAUUUGGAUCUGUGCUAUAAAGUCAUUAUAGAUUUAAUUUAAAACGUAAUGUGGUAUCGAUUCACACUCUUGACUAUAUAAAAUAAUGCAGUGGAGUAGAAAAACUGUGGUUGAGAAUGAAGCUGAUAUGUGGGAAAACAUUUUUAUAUUUAAAAUGCGACCUUUUUCGUUUAGUGAAAUCCCUUGGGCUUGUGCUUAGAGGAAUAUCACUUGAAGGGUUAAUGGAAGAAUAUGUGAAGAAUUAAAUACACACAGGAAUGACACGUGUAAUCGAAAAGGCCUGACCUAGUUUCCAGUAGAAUCAUUGGAAAGUUUUCUUUAUGUUAUUUAAUUUAUUAAAUAAUUUUAUACCUCAUGCUUCAAGAACAAGACAUCUCCCAAGGUGGCUUCCAAAAAUUACAAGCAAGAACUGUAAUUUUAAAUACAAUUAAAAUCCACAAAAAAAGGGAAAUCCACAAAAAGGGAAAAAUCCACAAAAAUUAACAAUAAACAACCAAAGGACAUGGCAAAGAAGAGGCCAAGUUGAUUUUGAGGUUUUAAAAUGUCUUACAUAUUUAAGGUUUUUUUGUGUGUGUAUGUGUGUGUAUGACAUUAACACUUACUUCUGAACAAUAUGUUUAGAAUUUAACAUCCAAUGGCAUAUGUUUAGGGUUCCAAUUAAAGAUUUGCUCAGUACCUGCAAGAAUGGGAGUUUAGUGGCAACUCCGGGUGUUUCAAAGGAAGAAUUAGGUAUACAGUGGUGGCAAGACGAAUGCCUCGCAAGACAAAAAACUCGCUAGACGAAAGAGUUUUCCGUUUUUUGAGUCGUUCCGCAAGAUGAAUUUCCCUAUGGGCUUGCUUCGCAAGACGAAACGUCUUGUGAGUUCUUGCGAGUUUGUUUCCUUUUUCUUAAAGCCGCUAAGCCGUUAAUAGCCGCUAAGCCGCUAAUAGCCGCUAAGCCGCUAAUAGCCGUGCUUCGCAAGACGAAAAAACCGCAAGACGAAGAGACUCGCAGAACGGAUUAAUUUCGUCUUGCGAGGCACCACUGUAUUAAUAAAGUAACAAAAACCAAUAAGAAAAAAUGGAAUUGAUUAUGGGGUUUUUGUUUUAUAAAGCAGAAGUACAACACGAGUGUCAGAGCUGCUUCCAGAUCCUAGCUCACAGAGGAUCACGCUAGCCAGCGAUCAUUAAACAAAAGUCUUUAUUGAGUUACAGUUUCCAUUCUCAAGCUGCUGCGUGCAACUCUACGUCUCAUGGUUAGAUCGGCGAAGCUCCGUCUGAGUCUCCGCCCCUUGUACACCAACUUAAUAUCCUAGCCCUGCUCCACCUUUUCCGCCUGACUGUUCUUCUCUGGGUCCCUCUGCCCCCCGGGGUCUCUUCCUUCCGGGAUUCCUCUGACGCUGACGCUGACCCCCCUGACUCUUCUCCCUCCUUUCGGCGGGCUUUAGGACCUGGCUCCCUUUCCGGGCUGCCUACUGCGCCACCUUCCUGUGCAUUUGAACUUGGCGCGCGCGCCCAACCUUCCACCUUCCGUCUGACCGUUUCUUCGCUCUCCGAUGGAGGUGUGGCCACUCCUGACUCGUGCCCUCCCCCCUGUUGUGAGUUGCCAGCGCUUGAUCCCUGGCGCCCUUCCUCUUCCCUGCUCUCUGGCGGUGACGCUGGUCCCGAUUUCCAACUGCUCCCCUCUGAGUCCCCUCUGGCUCUAUCUUCCUGGGGUGUCCCCCUAGGCUCCCCCCUUGCCCUGGCCACUGGUGCUCCUUUCUGUGAAUCUUCUGAUUCACUGGAAAGACUCGGAGAUCUCGGGUCGUCGUCAUCACUCAUCUUUUCUUCUGCCUCCCCCCCUCGCUCUCUGUUUGGUCCCUUGCCCUUGCCUCUGCUCCUGAACCCCUGACCUCCAGAACCCCCUCGAAGCCCCCUCUUCCCCCUCCCCUCCUUCCGGUGCGGGAUCUGGGUGCUGCCGUGUCAGGGGACGAAUGUCGGAUACAGUUCGCUUCCCGUGGCGGGCCGCCAUCUGAAGUCUUCCGGUUCUUCCUCCCUGCUCUCGUUGACGACGGUCACCUCCGCUUCCAUCUCUGUGCCGCCGUGCUCGAAACCCGGGUCGUCCCCGAAAAGUCCAUGUCCGUCUCUCCUCGUUGCCUUCUGGAGACGUUGCUCGUCCUGGACCCUCCAGCCACCUUCUACGGAACUGCUCCUCUGGUCGAUCAUCCCACCAAUACGAGGGUUCUGAAGCAGAUCCCGAGGGUGACCCCUCCGGGGAACGGGCGUCUCGUGUCGGUUCCUCGUCCGAGUCGAACCCCCGGAACGUGCUGGCUGAAAGCGUGGGCGUGAAAAGCCAGUCGUCGAAAAAGUCUGCUGGCAUUGGCCUAUGUGGGAAGAGGGCAUGAAACUCUUCUUUGAGCAGAGGUUCGUCUAAUGCGUAGCCCGGCACCCAGCUGUUGGCACUGGCCGGGGUGCGCUCCUUGGCGAGAAGGUAUUCUACCCCCUCUUCCCCCCAUCUGGAGUCCAAAAUCUCCGUGACUUCGUUGAUGCGCUCCUCCCGUGCCACUCCCCCCUGCCCGGUUCUCUCUCGGAGCGGACCCGGUGCCGUUCCUGGUUCCUGAAACCUGUGAGGUGCCUUGUAGGGAGUGAGCACCGAUCUGUGGAACACCGGAUGCAUUCUGGAACCCUCCGGAAGAGCCAGCCUGAAAGCCACCGGGUUGACCUGUUCUUCGACUUGGUAGGGCCCCAGUUGUUUAUGCCCUAGUUUCUUCUUCGCCAACGACCUGGCCGGCACUGCGUGGGCUGCUAACCAGACCCAGUCUCCCACAUGGAUCUCUUCGCCAACCCUUCUGUGUUUGUCCGCUUGUACCUUGUAUGCGUGUUUAGCCAGCUCCAGGUGCCGCCGCAGCUGAUCGUGGACCUCCUGCAACUCCGACGCGAAUGCAUCUGCUGUCUGCGGCUCCCCCCCCCCAUUCUUUCCAGUCCCGGGAAGGUUCUGGGGUGCCUCCCGUUGUUGGCGAAGAACGGCGUGACCCCCGUGGACACGUGCUUCGUGUUGUUGUAGGCGAACUCGGCGAGAGGCAGGUAAUCCACCCACGUCGCAGGCUGUUGAUUCGCAUAACAUCUCAGGUACUGCUGCAUGAUGGCAUUGACCCGCUCCGCUUGCCCAUUGGUCUGCGGGUGUCUAGCCGACGCCAGGUUGAUCUUGACGUUCAGGAAGCCCAUCAGCCUCUGCCAGAAGUUCGAGAUGAACUGUCGCCCUCGGUCGGACAGAAUAGACCGCGGCAGACCGUGAACCUUGAACACGUGGUCUAUGAACAGUUUGGCGGUUUGUUCCGCCGUGGCCACCUUCGCACACGGAAUGAAAUGUGCCAUCUUGGAGAACAAGUCCACCACCACCAGCACAGCCGUCUUGCCCCUCGAGCUGGGCAGAUCCGUGACAAAGUCCAGGGCCACUCUCUCCCAUGGUUCGAACGGAGUUUGCAGCGGUUCCAGCAGUCCGGCCGGCGGUCUGUGCACUGGUUUGGCCCUCUGGCAGGUGUCACACCUCGCCACGUAGUCCGCGACUUCCCUCUCAUUCCUGGCCACCAGAAGUCUCUGGCUACUAAUUCCACCGUUUUCUCCUUGCCAAAGUGCCCGGCAGUGGGCGCGUCGUGCAGCUGCUGCAGUACCUUGGCGCGAAGUUCGUCUCCCGGCACGUAGAUGGCCCCUUUACGGAUGAGCAAACCAUCUCGCAGCUGGAACUCGUCGGUCGCUGCCGUGCCCCUGUGCGCCUCUGCCAUCUUUGCUUGCGCGAAGGAGUCAUCCUGCAACGCUCGUCGCACCGCCUCCAGGUCAACUGUUGCCGCCGUGCACGCCCACACUGUCGGUGCGAAGAUGUGCAUGGCGGCCGCUGGCGUUGCCUCCUCCAAAUACUGUGGCUUACGGGAGAGAGCAUCCGCCAUGAUGUUGGUGUCCCCGGGACAUACUCUAUUCGGAAGUCGAAAUUCGCAAAGAACUCAGCCCAACGUAUCUGCCUCUGGUUCAGGAACUGUGCCGUGCGCCAGUGCUCUAGAUUCUUGUGGUCCGUGCAGACCUGCACCGUGUGCUUGGCGCCGAUCAGGAAGUGCCUCCACGCUUUGAACGCUGCAUGAAUGGCCAGCAACUCCCUGUCCCAGAUGGUGUAGUUCUGUUCGGACUUGCUGAGCUUCCUUGAGUAAAACGCUCCCGGCCUCCAAACCCCCUGCGGGUCCUUCUGCAGCAGGACUGCUCCCACGGCUCUGUCCGAAGCGUCUGUCUCCACCCUCAUCGGCCUGCUGGGGUUGACAUGAAGCAGUUGCUCUUCCGACGCGAAGAGACGCUUGAGUGCCUGAAAGGACUGCUCCGCCUGCUCUGUCCAGAUGAACUUCUUUUCUUGGAGCUGAGCGUGUCCGUGAUGGCCGCUGUCUGCAUGGCAAAGCCUUUGAUAAACUUGCGAUAGAAGUUCGCAAAGCCGACAAACCGUUGGACCUCCUUCCGGUUGCGUGGGCUUUUCCAAUCCAACACUGCUCGGACCUUGGUGCUGUCCAUGGCGAGCCCUUUAUCAGACAACUUGUAGCCCAGGAAAUCCACCUCCGUCACGUCGAAUUGGCACUUCUCCAGCUUGGCGUAAAGCCUAUGUUGCUGUAGCCUGCUCAGCACUUCCUUGACGUGCCUGUCAUGCUCCUGCUGCGAUUCCGAAAAGAUCAGGAUGUCAUCCAAGAAACAGACGCACGUCUUGUAGAGGAGCCCCGCCAACACGUGAUGCAUGAAAGCUUGAAAAACGUGGGAACCAUUUUGCAAUCCAAAAGGCAUAACUCUAUAUUCGUAGGUGCCCAGGGGCGUGAACAUGGCUGUCUUCCACUCAUCUCCUUCCCGCAUGCGAAUGAGGUUGUACGCCCCUCGCAGGUCCAACUUGGUGAACACGCUGCCCUUCCGUACCUUUGCGAGGAGGUCGUCGAUUCGGGGCAUGGGGAAGUCCGAUGGCUUGGUCACGCUGUUCAAAAUGCGAUAGUCCACUACAAGUCUUUUUGGGGCGUGUCCCGCUUCUUAACAAAGAAUACCGGACUGCCCCCGCUGCCUUGGACUCUCGGAUGAAACCGCGCUCCAAAUUAUGAUCUAUGAACUCUUUGAGUUCCUGCAGUUCGUCCUCAGACAUGGAAUACAACUUCCCUUUGGGCAGCGCCGCCCGGCAGCAGGUCAAUUCUGCAGUCAUAUGGUCUGUGGGGGUAGCCUGUCUGCCUCCUUCUCACAGAAAACCUCCAAAAAUGCUGCGUACUUGUGGGGAACCGCUUGCAGCGUGCCUAGCUGCAGCUGUGACUCCUCUUCCUCUCCUUCCUGCCGGGGCACGAUGCAGUGUUCAGCGCAAAAGGAAGAGCCGAAGGUCAGCUGCCUCUGGUACCAAGCCAGCGUCGGGCUGUGCUUGUCCAGCCAACUCAUGCCCAAUACAAUGGGCGUGUCCGAUAGUUGAGUGACAUUGAAGCUGAUGAUUUCCCUGUGAUUCCCAAGUCUCAUCACCAUUGGUGGCGUCUGCUUCACCACUUGCCCCCCUAGCAGCUCCCUGCCAUCCACCGUGACAACCUGCAGGGGCAGCGUGGCAGGCAGCAACUGUAUAGCGUGCCGGUCGACAAAGUCCUGCCCUAUAAAGUCCGCAUUGCUUCCGGAGUCAAUGGUGAUUGGCACGUCCAUGGUGAUGCCAUUGGGCAGCUGGAGCGACGCGGUGAGCCUCACUACUGGUUUGGGCGGGAGGGGGUCCAUGGGCUGUAAAAUCUCUGGGGACUGCUUCACUGACACGUCUGGCUGGGCCCCAGUGCCUCUUUCUCCAGCCAGACUCCGUCGUUUCCCUGCCGUGGUUCUCCUUGCUGCGUUGCUGCAGUUACCAUUGCUGAGGCUGCAGUGUGCUUGUGGAGCCUCUGGGGACACUCUUUCGCCAUAUGCUGUGGAUCAUCGCAGAUGUAACACUUCCUGUUCCCUCUAGGAGGCUUCGCUUCACUGCUGCCGGUGCUAGGGCUCUGGCUGCUGACUGAGCCCUUGCACCUCCAACCUCCAUAGGUUCCGCUCCUCCUCCUGGCGGAGGCGUGGAUUGCGCACGCGCUGCUUCUCUGGGAAGGAAGGAGGAGCCCCUGGCUGGUUCGCGCCCUCCACGCCCUUCGUCCCUGCUCCACGGACGUUCUUCCAGCCGCACCCCCACCGCCAGCGCCCUCUGAACGAUCUCCUGCGUGGUCCGGGGUCUCUCCCCCCUCGCAAUUUCAUCUUUAACCGAGCCGUGCAAUCCCUCCCAAAACAGGUCUCUUACAGGAGCCGAAUCUCUGUCCCAUUCCAGAGCACUGACCAAAGCGAAAAGCGGGCAUGGUACUGCCUUACGCUGGCCCUCCCUUGCUUCAGUCCAUGUAUCUGCUGCCGAGCAAGAUCCACGUCAAUGCUUGAUAAAAAGCACCCAUCCAUCGCUUUAAUAAAGGCAUCCGCAUUUUGGAGCGCCGGAUCCUUAUCUCUCCACAAAUUGCGCAGCCAUGCUUUAGCAUCUCCAUGCAAAUGGGACAUGAUGAAUCCCACCUUCUCUUGCUCAUCUCUAAAGUCUUUGUUCAGCAGUUGCAGUGCACACAUUACAUCUGCUCUAAAGUUGGGGUACUGUUGCAAAUUCCCAUCGAAGUGAGAGACCAGACCGCCUGUUCGUCUCCCCAACCCAAUCCCCUCCGGUUUGGGUGUCAGUUGCCCUUGCUUCGUAAGCACUUCCAACCUGACCUGGAGAUCCCUGUAGGCGGCAGCUGCGUCCUCCUCUCUCUUCCUGGAUGCAAGAGCCUCGGCAUUCAGUCGUGACACUGCUUCUCUGAGUUCCGCUAUCUGCUGUUCGGCCGUCAUAUUGUCUGCCGUUCGUGAGCUCGCUAGUAGGCACCCGCUUUCUCUCCUCUCCGCGAGGCCGUAGAUGCCCACAAUUUAGGGGACGGAGCUUACUGUCAGAGCUGCUUCCAGAUCCUAGCUCACAGAGGAUCACGCUAGCCAGCGAUCAUUAAACAAAAGUCUUUAUUGAGUUACAGUUUCCAUUCUCAAGCUGCUGCGUGCAACUCUACGUCUCAUGGUUAGAUCGGCGAAGCUCCGUCUGAGUCUCCGCCCCUUGUACACCAACUUAAUAUCCUAGCCCUGCUCCACCUUUUCCGCCUGACUGUUCUUCUCUGGGUCCCUCUGCCCCCCGGGGUCUCUUCCUUCCGGGAUUCCUCUGACGCUGACGCUGACCCCCCUGACUCUUCUCCCUCCUUUCGGCGGGCUUUAGGACCUGGCUCCCUUUCCGGGCUGCCUACUGCGCCACCUUCCUGUGCAUUUGAACUUGGCGCGCGCGCCCAACCUUCCACCUUCCGUCUGACCGUUUCUUCGCUCCCCGAUGGAGGUGUGGCCACUCCUGACUCGUGCCCUCCCCCCUGUUGUGAGUUGCCAGCGCUUGAUCCCUGGCGCCCUUCCUCUUCCCUGCUCUCUGGCGGUGACGCUGGUCCCGAUUUCCAACUGCUCCCCUCUGAGUCCCCUCUGGCUCUAUCUUCCUGGGGUGUCCCCCUAGGCUCCCCCCUUGCCCUGGCCACUGGUGCUCCUUUCUGUGAAUCUUCUGAUUCACUGGAAAGACUCGGAGAUCUCGGGUCGUCGUCAUCACUCAUCUUUUCUUCUGCCUCCUCCCCCUCGCUCUCUGUUUCCUCCCUUGCCCUUGCCUCUGCUCCUGAACCCCUGACAACGAGCAAAUGGGAACAAAGUUGUAUCUUUAGUGCAAAGUUUCAGCUCCAUCUUGAAUUGAAACCCACUCUAUGCUAAGGCUCAUUAAUGAGAAAAUGUUGAUACAAUCUGGCUUCUAUCAGGGAACUUUGCAAGGCACCUCCCAAUGUGAUUAAAAUGUUAAUUACUGAAAGUAUUGAUGCAUGCAGGCCCAAAAAUACAGCAAAAAGCAAUAUAAGUAUUAGGUAUUUCUUGAAGUGAAUAAAUUGCUUCUCUGUGAGUGAUCUAAAUAACUAUUCACAACUCUUCGUUGAGUAGGAAAUGCUUUCUCAUUGGUAUAUUGUAGUCAGUUUCUUACUGGACAUUUUGGGUCUUUUGGUUGUUGAUCCAAAUGACUGACACAAUAAAAUUAGGUUCUAGUCCAAUCUACACAUUGUUCAACGAUUUUUGGUCUGCAUGUCGCUGCUAAGGCAGAUCGCACCUAGGCCUUGCGACAUGAUUCAAGAUGGAUGUUGAGGUACUCUGCCAGUGGGAAAGACACUGGUUAUGACACCAGUUCAUAGAGAGAGGUAUGACCAUAAAGCAGAGGUGGAGAACCAAUGGCACUGCAGCUGUUGUUGGGUUCCAAUGCCCAUCAGCCCCAACCAAUGCAAACACUGGCGAGGGAUGAUGGGAGUUGUGGUCCAACAACAACAUAUGGAAGGCCACAGCUGCCCCACCCGUGUCAUAAGGAAUUUAUCCACAAAGUAUUUCCACAGGGCAGCCUUUCCCAACCUGGUGCUCCCCAGAUGUUUUGAGUUCCUCUCCUGUCAUCCCUCCAUGCUGGCUGUAGCUGUCUGGAAUUGGAAUCCAAAACAUCUGGAGGGCAACCAGGUUGGGGAAGGAAGUCAUAAAGAAUGGGAAAUAAUUGAAAAAUCCCCAGGUAUGGAAGCCUGAUGCACUCCUUGGAAGGAGGGGUGUGUCUGGCUUGCACGAUCAAGCCUUAUCCAAUCAAGUUGAGGAUGUUUCUCAUGGGGCACUUUCCUCCCAACACAGAUUGUGUGUGUGAGAGAGAGAGGGGGGGAGAGAAUAGCACCACAUGUGAAGAAUUACACACACGGGUGGAUUUAGUUGCAAUUAUCCUUGUAUGAGCCGCUGGGGUGCACAGCAAUAAGACAAGGAUAUUCAUGAAAUGAAGAUUUAAUGAAACGCAAAAACAUUCCAAUUGUAAGAGUAACUGCCCUGCAGCGAUAAUCCCACAAGGGAGAUGGGAAAACUAGUCUUCUGCCCACAGUACAUAAAAUCAUCCUGGGCAAAGCAUUGGCAAUCUAUGGGGCUAACUGUUGCAGUUUCUUUGAGCACUCUCAAAGGUUCUGAGAUUGCGCACCAUUGAUCUGUGUCAUAAAUAAUGCAUGUACCAAAGCUUUGUUUGACAGGGGAAAGUACGGGUGAGCCUAAAUGAACGAGCCUAAUUGGGUGGGUGGGUGGGUAUAAUGAGCAUUACUAUGUUGUGAACAGCUUUAUUAUUUUAUGGUUUAUUGCAGAGGUUUCCAACCUUUUUGAGUCCACAGCUCCCUUGAGCAACUAUAGUCAUACCUCGGGUUACUGAUGCUUCAGGUUGUGCGUUUUCGGGUUGCGCACCACGCUGAACCCAGAAGUACCGGAACGGGUUACUUCCAGGUUUCGGUGCUCGCGCAUGCGAGGAAGCAUUAAAUCGCACUUUGUGCACGCGAAGAAGCGCCGAAUCGUGACCCACGUGUGCGCAGCCAUGGCGCUGCGGGUUGCGAAUGCUGUGGGUUGCGAAUGUGCCUCCCGCACAGAUCAUGACUGCAACCCGAGUGUCCACUGUACAUUCUUUCUGUGACACCCCUCACCCCUUUUCGAACACCCUCCCUUAUGGAGUGUUCCUUCAGCUUCCUCUCCUCUCCUCUCCUCUCCCUUUGGGAGUCCUCUGGACAGCUGCUCCUGCUGCCCCUAGUCUCUGCACUCCUCCCCUCCACAAAGAGAGGUACCUCCUCACACUGCCACACAUGGGCAUGGGAAGCACUCCUGGCCAGCCCCAGAGGCACCAUUCGCCUGAGGAGCUUGUAGCCAGGGCUGCUGCAACAAACAGCUGGGCAAGCCUUUGGGAGGCAGAGAUGAAGAAGAAGAAGAAGAAGAAGAAGAAGAAGAAGAAGAAGAAGAAGAAGAAGAAGAGUUUGGAUUAGAUAUCCCACCUUUCACUCCCUUUAAGGAGUCUCAAAGCGGCUAACAUUCUCCUUUCCCUUCCUCCCCCACAACAAACACUCUGUGAGAGUGAGAGUGGGGCUGAGAAACUUCAAAGAAGUGUGACUAGCCCAAGGUCACCCAGCAGCUGCAUGUGGAGGAGCAGAGACGCGAACCUGGUUCCCCAGAUUACGGGACUACUGCUCUUAACCACUUCACCACACUGGCUUGGAUGCAAGAGGGCAUCCAAGGAGGGAUGGAAAGAAAGAGGGACAGAGGCCAGUGUUGCUCCGGGCACCCCUGACCAUCAUUCAAGGCACCCCAGGGUGCCGCAGCACACUGAUUGGAAACCGCUGGUUUAUUGGAUUUUAUGUUGUAAUAAUCAUCUGCAGUUGGUCAAAGGCUUUUGUAACCUGUGAGGAUGGUUGCUGGUUUUCCCUUUGCCCUGUGCUCUCCUCUCACCCAAAACAUCCAUUGGGUUGUGUCCAUAGGAAUGUAGGAAGCUGCCUGAUCCUGGGGCAGCCCACGUGGGGCCCUCUGCUUUACAGUUCCCAUCAUCAUUGGCCAUACAGGUUGAGGCUGAUGCAGCUGUAGUCCAAUAACAUCUGGAGGGCACCAGGUUGGCUAACUGGCACCUGAUCUCCAGGGUUUCAGCCCAGGGACAUUCCCGGCGCUGCUUGGAGGUACUGAGGAUCAAACCCGGGUCCUUCUGCAUGCAAACCAUAUGCUUUGCCACUGAGUUACAACUCUCGGCAAUCCCAGUGUGGUAUAGUGGUUAAGAACGGUGGACUCGUAAUCUGGUGAACCGGGUUCGAUUCCCCGCUCCUCCACUUACAGCUGCUGGGUGACCUUGGGCCAGUCACACUUCUCUGAAGUCUCUCAGCCCCACUCACCUCACAGAGUGUUUGUUGUGGGGGAGGAAGGGAAAGGAGAAUGUUAGCCGCUUUGAGACUCCUUACAGGGAGUGAAAGGCGGGAUAUCAAAUCCAAACUCUUCUUCUUCUUCUUCAUCCCCCCCAAAAAAGCUUAAGAGCUCUGGGCAAUCUUCCCCCAUUUCCUUAAUUUCGAGUCCCCCAAAAUAGGAGUCGUCUUAUACACAGGGGCGUGUUAUACAUGGAAAAAUAUGGCAUUUGCAUUUAGCUCCCAUUGAAAUUUAAGUGCCCUGAGGUCCCCAUUAAAUCACUAACUUAAGUCUGGACCUAACUGAUUGACCUCACACUGCUUCCUGAGCUGGAGUCGCAUAACCAAAAACAACAGCCCAACCCAAUAAGUGCCCAGGUAUAAUUCAGCUGAAGGCUUUGAGAGGAGCAAGACAUCCAGCAAGCAAGCUGUUUGUUGGCAAGAGAGAAGCUGUGCAGUGAGGUGGUGAUAAAAUGUUUGGAUAUGAAUCACUGGGAAAUGCAGGACUGAAGGUGGUCACUAUUUUGCAAAAUGAGAAUCUGACCCAUUUUUGAUGUGGAGGCUGCAGAGGGAAGUUGCACCGAGCCAGAGAUGAAGAGAGUACGUUCCAUGGACCAGGUGGCUUGGAGGAUGAGUGUUGUGGCUCAUCAUCCUGUUUUGAUUUCCAGUGGAUCUGCACUACAGUAAUUGGUUGCAGAUAAAGCAAGUUGGAUACGAAGGUAAUUCCAAACGAGUAAUAUAGCAUCCUUCAGUACAUUUCAACUGUAGCCUCCCAGCAAAGCAUCACAGCAUUUUCUGGUGACGAAUUCUAGGGUAGUCACUGUGUUCUUACAGCAAAGGCAAAUAAGCGUCUUACGGCACUUUAAUGAUAAAAAGCUUUAUUACCGUGUAAGUUUUUAUGAUCCAGGUGCUUUUAAUGAAGUUGAGCUCUUCUAAUCUGCAAAAGUUUAUGCCCCACCAUAAAUUUAUUAUUCUUUAAGGUGCCACAGUGCUCUAUAAGGCUGUGUCUGUGCUCACUCAGUGAAGGAAGGAGAUGUGACUAAGCAGCAUGGAUUUAUGAAUGCCUCUUCUGCAGCUUUGAUGAUUGUAGAAUAAAAAGCCUUCAGACUAUUAUUCCAAAAUAGCAGCCUUUUGCUUCCUGGAAUUUUAGUAUGUCCAAUUUUCAUUUUGCAUGAAAGAAAUAAAAUCUUUCUGGGGCUGUUGUGUGUGUUCAGUAUUUGGAAGAAGGUGCACAGGGUGCUCUAAUAUUUGCACACACACACACAAACACAUGCAUGCAAAACACCUCACCUUUAUGUACAUUAUUUAUUUUAAAAAUUGGAAUUAAUAGCCUUGAGUUAUAACUGCAGACCAUAAGAACAUAUGACUGAAUAGGGAUUUUAAUUAUGUGAUUAAUUAAACUAAAGCAAAGCGAUUUCUCACUUGGAAUUAAGUCAAAGCAGGUGUGUUUAAGCAGCCCUUGUUUGUCCCCAUGCCAGCUUGUUGUGCUUUAUUUUGAUCAGUGUGACAUUCUGGCAUCUGGAGUUCAGAUCCAGGGUAUUUCUGAAAUGCAAAUUUAGUUUAGAGAGAAACGCUAGAGGUGUUAGGCAGAGAAAUCCAGUGCAGGAAAAAAAGACUUGCAUGCUGACCAGUUUGCUAUCAUUCCUGCAUUUUACAGUCGGGAAAAGAAGUCACUUGUAAGGCUUGAGGUCCAAAACUCCAGCAGUUCAUUUAUUGCUAUCUAAUUCACUUUUAAUGGGGUAAAAGUGUGUGAUUUCUUCAUGGAAUGUCUCAGAUGAUCAAAAUGGCUUUGCUCAGGUUUUUCUGUCCUCCUUCGCCCAGAGUGGCUGGGGAAACAGUUAGGCAGAGUAUAAAUAAUAAAUUAUUAUUAUAUAAAAUAUUAAGUUAGGAAUGUAUUGUCAUGGGUGUUGAGUGGGGACCAGACACAACUGACAAUCUGACGGAGGGUCCCAGUGAGGUUGGACUGACCAUGCCAGAGCCUCGGGGGGAUUCGCGGACGGCCAAUUAAAAUGUGAUGUGUUGGAACACAAUACAUUUUGCCUGGAAAACUGAACUCACUCUCUCGCCCUCCUUUCCUCCCCUUGGUGUUUCGCUGUAGAUUUGGCAGAUUGCAAACUGAUGACGUUCCCCAUUGCCCUUUACAAAGUCAUGAGGCACGUCUCGGAAGGAAUCCAUCUCAUCACUCUGGCCAAUAAUGAGCUGAAGUCUGUGACCAGCAAAUUUAUCACCACCUUCAGCCAACUGAGAGGUAGGUGUUUAUCUCUGAAGGAAACCAUGGAAUUGAAGAGGCAGUGGCAUCUUGAUCCUUCUUCCAAAUGUUAUCUUGUGUUUCAGACAUCUCUUGUCAUUUUUUAAAAAAUACUGGUACUUAUUUUAUUUAUUGCUUCUCCUCCAGGAACCAAGGCAGUUGGUACAUAAAGUUACAAACCAUUAAUAAUAAUAAAAAAUUAUCAAAAUAAUAUCGGCAAACCUGCACUGAAAAUUAGCAGCAGCACUAGACUCUUAGGGCACCUUAGACACUCUCAAAUGGUUUGUGAAUAGGUGAGGCUGGCUAAUCUAAAGGUCAGCAACAACAGACCUCUGUAGGGAUAGCAUUUUUGGGUUUUUAACUAAGUUUUCUUGCUUCAGUGAUGUUUCAGUCUUGGACCAAAAUGGAGAUUUGCGUUCCCCACAGUUCUGUACACAAUUCUACAAUGCACAUUAUCAGAGCACACAUAAGCCUGCCCCAUUGCACUUCACUCUGCCCCCCAUUCUUCUUCUUCUUAAUUAUUUAUUGAAUUUAUAUAUUGCCCUAUACCUGGAGGUCUCAGGGCGGUUCACGGAACAAAAUCAGAAUAUAAAACAACAAUAUAUAUAUAUAAUCAAAAUAAAAACAACAACCCAAUAAUGCCCCCCCAAACCCCACAUUUUAAAAGGGCAUAGGAGGUCAAUCAAAUCCACCAAAGGCCUGGUUAUAAAGGAACCUUUUUGCCUGGCGUCUAAAAGUGUAUAAUGAAGGCACCAGACAAACUCCCCUGGGGAGAGCAUUCCACAGACAGGGAGCCACUGCAGAGAAGACCCGUUCUCGUGUUGCCACCCUCCGGACCUAUUGAAGAGGAGGCACACAAAGAAGAUGAUCUCGGGGUCCAGGCAGGUUCAUAUGGGAAGAGACAGUCCUUGAGGUAUUGCGGUCCAAAAGGACCCGCGCAUCCACAAUCGCACAUCAGUUGGGCAUGCCUAAAAAUGGUCGACCUCACAGGCAUACUGCUUUCUGCCUUACCCAUAUUUCCCUUCAGUUUUGGAGCGUGAUUAGUAUACACCCACAAACAACAGCAAUGAAAUAAUUCCAUGCCUUUUGUCUAAGUGGAAGCAGAAGUUAGCUUUAGGGGCAGGAAGGCAGAGUUAAGUGUGCUUUAUAUUGAUGUACAUUACCAGUUCUUUAUAGCAGCACAGAACUGAGCUCAGGGAAGCAAUGUCGUGGGAGGGACUCUGGCUCAGCGGUAGAGCACAUCCUUUGCCUGCAAAAGAUCCCUGGUUCAUUCGCCAGCUUAUCAAGUAUGGUUGGGAGAAACCCCUGCCUGAAUUCCCAGAAAGCUGUUGCCCAUCAAGAGUAGACAAUAGUGAAUUAGAUGGAGCGAUGAUGCGCAAGGCAACUUCAUACAUUUCUUACUUGGGGGCGGGUAGGGAGAAUAUUGAUUUCUCAAACUUCUGUCUGCUCCUGACUUGGAAAGGUAGAAAAGGUAAAGGAUUAAUAGGGAGCACACAGUGGAACUGAUAUCAUAUGCUGUAACGUGGAUAAACGAUCGCCUGGUAAAAUUAAUUUCCUCUCCAAAGUUGUGGUUCCUAGGAACAAAAUGAAUUUUGCGAUCUGAUCAAGUUGCUGACAGGCGUUGAAAGAGAGUUUGAAGGGUAUACGGAACACUGAAGCAUUAAUAGAGAAAUCUUAUUCCCAUUCAGCGGGCUGUAAUCCAACGGCCGUGUAUAAAUAAAAUAAGCAUUAGUGAAAAAUGACACAUCUAGAUGGCGAAAGUAAUGAAACUUGAAGUCCUUGAUGUAAUUUAAUAGGGACAUGAAAAAGCAAACAACCCACACAUGUUGAUAAAUGGACCCUAACAGACACAGGGUGAUUGAAUAGCUGAGUUAAUGAUAGCUAGAGGCUUGAAAUCAGUGGGGAGGUAAUAUAUUUUAGCAGUUGUAGCAAAAGCUUUGUAAGGUUGGGUGAAAAUGAGCUGUGGGAAAUGCUAAUGUCCCUCUACCUGGUGUAACCUAAGUGGUGACGUUCAUCACUUGUUACCUAAAUGGUGCCCACAUUGCGGUCUGCGGAGUUGUCUUAGAAAUGUUGAAAGUAAUGCUUGAUGAUGCUAUUCUACAAAUAUUGGGUGAGGUCAAGAGCCAGCUUAGCCCAAGGAGGUCUCUGCUCACACCAGAAGGCUUCUCCCCUUCCCUUUGAGCCCCUCAAGUCUGCUUUGAGGGUUAGGGGGCCCUCUGGAGAAGAUUUGGGGUGCAUAGGGCAGCGGGGCAAGGAGGAAAACCAGAAACCCUGUUGUGCAAGUGAGUUCCCAUUGUGCUAGCAGCCAAUCGCCGUUGGAUGUUGCCAGUUGAGGAUUGGAGUAGUGUUAUGGCUUAAGAGUGUGAUCUGCAACACAUGCAGGGAAAGAUUUCAGUGAAAACCAACCUCAUGAAGAUUCAAUGGUGAGUGCAGGGGCCGUAGAGAUGCUUGCUUCAUUCUUCAUCCACUCAUAUUUUCACCUUCCAAUCUGCUUCCCCCACCCACCUGCAGGAUUCUAAAUGCAUUUCCCCCCUGGCAAAAAUUCUCUUCUCCCUCUUCUGAUGCAGCUAGGUGUAAUGGCUGCUGGUGGAGACUGCUCAGGGAGACAUGGGAGUUGGAACUCGCAGUUUAAAAUGCAUAAACCUGGCAGGAUAGCGAGUAGGACUCUCAAUUGUCCUGAGCUUGCCACCAGUUCUUGUGGAACUUCUGCCUAAAGCAUUUUGGGCUUUUAAGCCUUUUCAGAAAGCAGCAUGCUUUUAAACAAAAUAUUUUAGGAAUUACAAACGCUUCGGCAGAGAGAAUCAUUUCAAUAGCUUUGGAGUCAGAACAGAAUGCAUCAUUUCAUUGGAAACUAGACUUCUUAUGCUUGAGGGAGCCAGUCAGGGUUUCCAAACAACAUGAUACUUAUUGGCACUGUGUUCUUUUUGCCUCUUUCUGCGGAGACUUACUAUGCCUGCUGGUCGUGUACUGUAGGGAACCUGCUGAGAGAGACUGAUAGGCAAAUAACUACUACCCAUUCAUUCGAUGGAAAGGGGUGUAUUUUCAGGGGCUGGGAAGGGCAGAUAACUGUUCCAGUCUGUUUAUGAAAGCAUUGGUAAUUCAAUUAAUGGAGAAGAUUAAUGAGUGUUAAUCUGUAAGCAGGCUGACUUAAACUGGCCUAUCAUUUUGUGUUUACACAGUAGCUACCAGUAUUUAUGCGCAGAGUGCUCUUUUGUGUAUCAGUUUGGGAGAAGUGAAAGAUGUUAGCAGCAUGCUCUAAUUUAUAGAUGAGGCAGGAGGCGGAACAGGAUAGUGUUAGGAGAUGAUUAUUUGGAGGUUGGAAGCCCUUUCUGUAUCUUUGGAAUGGCCUAAUCCCAGGGGUAGGUAAAAGGUAGAGCAGGAUUUACUGAUGGGUCUCUGGCUGGUUUGCAGCAGCUCAGCAAGGAAUUCUGACACCCAGUUAACAACAGCAGCAGAACUAUUUCCCCCGCCUAGGCUGCUGAAAUGCAGUGAGUGGACCUAACCAGGAAUGGACUUCUGGGUGCAAGGGCUACGAGCUCACUCCAGUUCUGGUUCUGAAAACAAAUUUCUCGGUUCAGAAUGUGCUCAGAGGCACCCUGUUAUUUAAUUCUAACUAUCACAUUUGCAUUUGGUUCUGGUUGGUGGUUCUUGGGUUUCCAGUAAAAAAACACAAAGUAGAUCUGGGAAGCCUGAAGUCUGCCCAUCGCUGGCAUAAACUCUCAAAAGUUGAUGGCUUCCAGUGGGGUGCAUAUGUUAAUCUGUUGCAGCAAAACCACCCACCCGUCUUUCUGUGAAUGUAAGUUGUUUUCAAUAUUGUGUUCUAAUUGCUGUAAUCCGCCCUGGGGCCUUAGGGUGAAGGGCAGGUGAAUAUCGUCAUCAAAAUUGUCAUGGUAAAGACUUAGCAGAUAUAGAACAAGAACUUACUUCAUCUGUUGCAUAAAGUGCCCUUGGCACGGAAGAUGGGAAGUUAUAAACAGUGGGACCAAAUCAUUAGACUGCAAAAAGUACGGCCUGUAACCAUUCUUUGUAAAGUUUAAGAUAAGCAGAGCGACCCCUUGUGACAGCAGUUAUUGGUGAUAGCACAACCAGCUUACCUUUGACCCUGUAAUGUGGAACAGGAAACCAUUGUCUGAAUUGAAGCCCAAAAGAAUACCACAAAAUUUCUAGUGUGAGCCAGGUCUUUAUCUCCCCACCCCUUGUGGGCCACAUUUGACAGAGGCUGCACAUUUGACAGCCCUGCACUGCUCUUUAAAGCGCCUGUUAGCACAGGUAAUAAUAAUAAUAAUAAUAAUAAUAAUAAUAAUAAUAAUAAUAAUUUAUUUGUACCCUGCCUAUCUGGCUGGGUUUCCCCAGCCACUCUGGGCAGCUUCCAACAAAGAUUAAAAAUACAUUAAAAAGUUUCAAUGAGCAAACUGAGGCUGUUUGCAAAAGCACUUUCAAACAACCCUACAGUUCACUUUGAAGCAGCACCCCGCAGAACUGAAGUCUCCUCUCAACAGCUGUGAACCGAGACUUCAGUCCUGUUCCCUAUCUUUGAAACAUUUUCUGACAACUGCACUGUUUCAUCAUACAUGUAUAUAUGAUGCAGGAGAUCUGUGAUCAAAUCUCUGUUGCUCAUAAAGCCCAACGUCAAAGACCUGGUGAGGCUACUGAAGAUUUUCCCCUCCCCUUACACCUCUCUCUCACACACACUUUUUCUUCUGUGUAGGAACACCAUGUUUGCCUGAGUUACCAACUUUUUGUGGCCCAGGCUGGCGAAACUAUUGCGAGCAGCACACAAACACAACGCAAUCAAGCACACACCACAACCUACCUUAUGGGCUAUGACAGAAUUCUUCUUCCAAACCUAAUUUGCAGGGGGAGGAACCUAUGAAUGUCUAGGAAGGUCUCUGGGGGUGCGUAUGCCCCCCAUGCUUGCGCCCCCUGGUUCAGGUACAGUGGUGCCCCGCAAGACGAAUGCCUCGCAAGACGGAAAAACCGCUAGACGAAAGGGUUUUCCGUUUUGAAGUUGCUUCGCAGGACGAAUUCCCCUAUGGGCUUGCUUCGCAAGACGAAAAUAUCUUGCGAGUCUUGAGAUUUUUUUUCCGCUUUCCCCCCCCUUUAUCUAAUCUGCUAAGCCUUUAAUAGCAUUUAAUAGCCUUUUAGCAGCUAAUCCCCUAAGCCUUUAAGCCUUUAAUAGCCGCUAAACCGCUAAUAGCGCUAAUAGCGCUAAUCCGUCAAUGGGCUUGCUUCGCAAGACGAAAAAACCGCUAGACGAAGACUCUCGCGGAACGGAUUAAUUUCGUCUUGCGAGGCACCACUGUAAUCAAAGAGUGUUCACACAUACACUCAUUCUACAAGGUAUAUACAUUGGUCUGCCCAAUGCUCAUUAGCCAGUUUAUGAAUUUAGAGGAAGAGGAGGGAGUGGAGUUGUGCCAUACAUCUCAUGUUGCUCCUGGUGAGCGCAGAAGUCUUGUCUUCAUCCUAUCAAAAGAUGCUGCCUUCUGACCGGGCUCUCAUAAUCUUCCCCAGAUCUCAGGAGAUCGGUUGCUCAAGGCUACUCCUUCCAGACUUUUUGUUUUCCUGACCACAGACUGUCAUCACGUGGUCAGAGAGGCCUUGGUCCUGUAACCCUGGCAUGGAGAGAUGUGCUGAUCUUGGGCUGCUCUCCUUGGGCUGUUUGCACACUGCCAGGGGCCUGGCUGAGAGGUGUUCCUUAUAAUUCCAAAGGGAUUAGGCCUCAACCAGUUUCAUUUUGCAAGGUUUGUAGCAAAUGUUCCUGCAUGGGAUCUUCAGGCAGCUGUGAAAUGCCAAGUUCUGUAAGGAAGUUGGUGUCACCUUGCCUGUUGCAUCUUUCCUCACAGCUGAGUGGCAAACAGUCUAACCUAGAAGAAGAAGAGGAGUUUGGAUUUGAUAUCCCGCUUUAUCACUACCCGAAGGAGUCUCAAAGCGGCUCACAUUCUCCUUUCCGUUCCUCCCCCACAACAAACACUCUGUGAGGUGAGUGGGGCUGAGAGACUUCAGAGAAGUGUGACUAGCCCAAGGUCACCCAGCAGCUGCAUGUGGAGGAGCUAAACCUUCACUUCUCACCAUCACAAUUUAGAACGGAUUCGUAUUAUGCUGACGGCAUUAAAAGACUUGAGGAGGUUGAAGGUAUGCUGUUGUAGAAAUGUAAAGGCAGCUUAUAAAUAAAAGAUCGAAAAGCUUCUGAGUUGAGAAGCAUGACCACAGGCUUCUCCUGUGUACUCUUGAGGCAAUCUUUAUUUUGCCUCUGAGUCUGCUGUUAGCCCUUUGGGGAAAAGGCAGGCAGGACUAGUAGCAGACUUUGUGCAUUAGACCAGGAAAAGUACAUGGGGAGAAAGGGCAAAAUUAGCAGUCCUCCGCAACUGUUGUGAAUUUAGGAAAAAGCUGCUGAGAGACCAGAGCACACACACCUCCCAUGUAAUGUUUAGCUUGGCCCUGAGGUUUGCUGUCCAAACCAAAGUUUGUAAAGUACAAAAGCGAAGUUAAAAACAACCCAGUUAUAUUCAGCUGUUAAGGCAAGGAGUCAAUGAGGAAAGAGGUUGGAUGCCUACUUUCAACUUCUGUGAUUAAGGGGAAGUCAGACAGUUUCCCUGCUGGGUCCCUGUAAUUAACUGUAAGUACCUGAAACAAAUUACCUGGAGGCCAAUGCAAGAUGUUAAUACACAAGCACUACUUUAAUAUCAGAUAGUUUCUUCCAUAAUUUAAAAGCUAUCCAGGGUAGAACUCUGCAUAAGCUGGGGAUUUGAAACGAGGAUCUGUAAAGCUAAUGCUGUCUUCGGUUUUUUGCUCAGAAUUUCCUCCACUUCUUUCGUUACCCUUUCCGUGCUUCUAAGCCAAACAAGGUAGUGUUCCUUCCCAAAUGAGGUUUCCCCAACAGACCCAGAGCUGGAUUUAGGUUGUCAACUUUCAAGAUUUGCUAUCAGGAUCUUACAACCACCCGGACGGCUGAUUCAUUCAGCCAUUCUCACGACCAUUUUAUUGGAAACCUGUAUUUUUAAAUUUUAUUUUAUUUUAUAAGCAAUACUCUUCUUUUUCUUUCUCUGUAUAAAACCAUGCUGUUAAGUGCCAUAUUAUUCGCUCUAUAAGACGCACUUUUUCCCCUCCAAAAAUUAAGGGGAAAUGUGUGUGCGUCUUAUGGAGCGAAUGCAGGCUCCACGGCUUCAGCGAUAGUAACACGAUGCCUCUGAAGCGCAGUGGGAGCACUCCCACCGUGCUCCGGAGGCUUCGGGUUGCUUUUGCUGAAGCCUGGAGAGCAAGAGGGAUUGGUGCGCACCGAUCCCUCUUGCUCUCCUGGCUUCGCUGGAGAGGCACUGCGCAGCUUUCCCUCUCUGCGCAGCACCCCUUCAGCGAAGAGGGAGGAGAAAUGGAAGGGGCUCCGUUUCUCCUGCCACUUUGCUGAAGGGGCGCUGUGCAGAGAGGGAGAGAUUUGUUUUUCUUGUUCUCCCCCUCUAAAACAAGGUGCGUCCUAUGGUCGGGUGCGUCCUAUAGAGCGAAAAAUACAGUAAUGUACUCUAUGUUCUUCCCUAUGUUCAUUCCCCAUCCCCAUGGUUUCAGACUUUCUGGAGUUUUCUGAUUCUGUCUACAAUCUACCCUAGCAUUACCUACCCUACCCAAACUACCCUACCCUACCCUACAUUUCAGGUGUGACGCAGCCAUUUUUGCUUAAUGGUUUUCUGGUGGUGAGAUAGCAGUGGUGGCACACAGUCUGUGGUCUUCCCAUGCCUAGUAAAGCUCCCAAUUCCUCCUCCUGCUGAAAAGGUUGCUUGUGUUCCCACUCCGAGUUUGUCAUUUGACUUUAGCUAAGUUUACUUCACAAUGAAAUUAAAUGUUGCUUCUGUAUUGCCUUUUCAACAAAUGCGAGCCGUGUGGGAAGCCGCUCCAAGGUACAUCAUAUAUUGGAGAAGAGGAAAAAAACUAGACUCGAUUUGCAAUGGUGAUAAAUCCCGUAUAUAUGUGGAUUCUAUUUGUUGUGGAGAAACAUCAACCUUAAUAACCGUUUCCAAACAAUUUCAGUGUAAUGGGAUCCGAUGACAUGAUGUGUGAGAUGGAUGUUCCUAGUCGCUGUUUUUGCGAGACACUUGUUGCGUGUUGUUGCUUGCUGUGCUACUUGCUCUGCUUGAGAGAGCACAUCAUUUAUAUGGAUACCAUUCACUCCUGCUUAAGUUAAUUACCAAGACCAUGCUGGACAAAGAAUGGAUGUGUCAAUCCAUGGCUGCUUUGUUAUUUAUGCCUGGGUGCUUUCCCAUCAGUGGGUUUUAAUGCACAUUAAUGCGGGAUUGGGUUGGACGAUAACAUAUUAAAAGAAGUGAAAAUGUGUUUUAUGAAAGAAAGGGGAGUUUAAGGUAGAGGUCCAUCUUGUCGCUAGGGUAGAUUGUAUCCUGAAAACUAUGGGAGUCUGAUGACAAUCAGUACAGCUCCUUGGAGUUUCGCACAGUUAAACAGAUGUCUUGGGGCUGCUUCAGACACUUUUCCUACACAGGAACGCAUGGAGGUGAUUGGUGUAUGCUAUCAUUUGUGAAACUAUUCUGUCUUGUGCUCUGCAGCUUUUAAAUUGGUGCAUGCAUCAAAGUGUACUUUGCACAACUGUUAAAUAGCCCACAGCACAGUCCCCACCCCAAUGCCCUGUAUGCUGGCUCUGUGUGAAGCAUCCUUAAAAGCAAUGCCUUUGAGUGCAGUCCACAAGAGGGCAAUAUUGGUGUCUCCAGUACAAGCGAUGAAAGAAACAGAAGCAGCUGUGAAGCCCGAAGGAUUUUGGUGGCACUCCUUGAGAGAUUUAUCAAAUCAUUUGUCAAAUCAUCACCUCUGAAUACCACUUGUUGGGAAUUGUAGGUGGCGAGAGCUGUGGUGCUGAAUUUCUGGUUGUGAGCACCCCAUAGCCAUUGGGUUGGCCGCUGUGGGAAAAGGAUGCUGGACGGGCCUUUGGCCUGAUCCAGCAAGAUCUUCUUCUGCUCUGGGAUGUUUUUCCUCUGAAGAAGAGAAGGUUCGAAGCAUGCCACAUAAAAUGCAGACGGUAACUGCAUUUCCCAGUUCUCAAAAUCAACGAACGGUGAGGUCAACCUGCGUCUCGAUUAUGCCACUUCCAAUUAAAGAUGGGGACUUCACAUGAAGAUAAAUUCUCCAAUUAAAAACAAAAGAACAUCCUUACAAAAUGGAAAUAUAACAUGUUGAGGAGAAGGCUAGCUUAGAACCCAUCUCCUUUAUAUCUUAUUAUUUACGUGCACAUUGUUGGUGGGGUAGCGGUGGAAGAAGGGGCUACUCCAUCAUGUGAGUGAGUCCCCUUUUAGUAGUCUGAAGUUUAACAGUCUACUAGGCACAAGGUUAUCUCCCUAGCCGCUUCGUGAGCACUAGAGCUAUCAACGGCCUUCUUGAGGUUGCUUUUUUGGUUUUUGUUUGGUGUAUUCCAUCUGAUAACAUUUUCCAGUAGAAUAUUUUCAGUCCAUCAAGGUUAACAAUGCAUACAGUCCUCUGAGUUCGUACAGGACUCGUUUUGCUCUGGAUUCCACCACAAGCACAUGCAAGGGAAUUAUUUGGCUUGUGCUGUGAGGUAAUGGAGAGAGAUCUAGAAUUUUGCUCCCAAUGGCAUCUCAGCUGAAGUGGGUACCACUUAAUUUUCUGUUGAAUUGCUGUGUAGGAGUAGUUCUAUUUCUGCAAGCCACUCGGAGCACUUGGCUUGGGCAGAAGAGGCAGGAGAUGAAUGGUGAUAUAUUUAUAAAGAAAUACAUUUAAAACCACAGACACGUGCUGGAACAUGAUGUGUUCAUAAUCUCUCUGCUGAUUAAGGACAAUGGAUUAAAAAAAAAUCUAUUAUUUAUACAGAAGGAAAACCCAGAACCUAGAUAUGUUGUGUGCUGGGCUUUUAUUUUAACAUGUCUGUCUCUCUGAUUGAACUCUAGAUCAGCCUUCCUCAACCUGGUUCCCUCCAGAUGUCUUGCAUUGCAACUUGGAUCAUCCCUGACCGUUGGCCAUGCUGGCUGGCACUCUUGGGAGAUGUGGUCCAAAAUGUGUGGAGGACACCAGGCUGGGGAAGGGUGCUGUAGAUGUUCCUUAGAAAUCAGAUUGCCCUGGGAGGAGGAGCUUCAUUUGAUUCUAGAACCACUUUGUAACAUCAAAUUCUAUAUCCAGGAUCAUGCUGAUGUAAUUCUACUGCAAGCAUUCAUCAUCAUGAGAGACAAGAUGGUGUUAUAAUCUCUGGUGUAGUUAAACUUUCAUGCUCUGUGCCAGGACAUGAAAGGUACCUACAUAGAUUAUGGAACACAGUUUCAGUAAAUAGCAUUCUUCUUCAUUCAGAUCAACAAAGACUUAAUCUUUGAUCCACUUCCUUACCACAGUAAAAUUGUUCCAGCACGGGGAGAUAAAUUCAUUAGCAAAUUGGUGGAUUUGCUGGUGAUAUCUCGUUUAGCCUUUAUCUUUGGCAACAAAUAUAUUCGCCUUGACAUCAAAGGUAUCCAGUCUGUGCAAAACUUUCUUACAUAAAAGAAAAUUGCAGAGGAAUGGGGAAGCUGAUCCUCUGUCAAACUGUGCAGAACUUCUUUAAUUUCUUACCUUUUCAAAGCCCAAGAGUGUACUUCUGCUUGUGAAUUUUGAUCAUCUCAGAGACUCUAGGCUUUUAACUGUCUGCUUUUUGUUCUCGCCCAAUACCUUGAAAGUGGAAUUGAAUGUAAGAGUGUGUAGCGAAUUGGCAAACAGCAAAAAGGCCAGCCUAUACAAACUACUGAGCUUCUCCAAACUUGGGGCUCUGCAUCCUCAAUUCCCAGUACAGUCAGUGUUGUCUUCAAUGGCAUUUAUCACCAUAUGGCAAUCGGUUCCCUGGAGGUGAUAGAAACUCAGCAUGCUUCUGUUCAAAUAUCACGCCGACAGUCAAAUAUUAUGUUAGUUAGGGCAUUUUUUAUUUUUUUAAGAUACACAGAACUGUUCCUCAGUAUGCAUGCUCUCCUGAUUAGCUAGUAUUUAAUCCACUGGGAAAAGUAAGAAAUCAAGUCAUUGUCAUCAUCAUCAUCAUCAUCAUCAUAUUUGUACCCCAUCCAUCUGGGCGGCUUCUAACACAUAUAAAAGCCUAAUAAAACAUCAAACAUUAAAAAUUUCCCUAUACAGGGCUACCUUCAGAUGUCUUCUAGAAGUUGCAUAGUUAUGCUUUCCACAGGGCGGGUGCCACUACUGGGAAGGCCCUCUGCCUGGAUCCCUGUAAAAGGCUGGUUCAGGGGCAGUUCCCCACUUCCCUGAAUGGAGCAGCCUCCACUGGGUUCCAGCAUUCUUUGGAGGAAGCCAUGGCUGUUUAAUGUGGUAUGAUCCUGCUCUAACUGUACAGUGCAGAUGGGCCUAAGUGGUUUAUGGCUUCACAUAUUGGAUAGCGCACCACUUUGGGGUCAUUUGGAUAUGAAGUAUACGGAUUUGGAAGCACUCACAUUUUGCUUGCAGGCUUGACCUUUGGUUUCAUCCAGUAUCCUUUUUCCCUUGCACAUGGAGAACAGGCGAAGUUGUGCUGUAGGAUUGAACUGUCUGUUGACAAUAAUAGGGCAGACAUCUCUCAUAAGUCCUAAAAUUUUGGUGCAGACAAAAGGAAAUAUAUUGGCAAAUUGUAAUGCUAUAGGUGCUUUCAGUGCUGAAACUUAUUUCAUGAGUUCAUAGUUUUAAAACCAAUGUAGUGUGUGCACACUCAGAGGAUGACCUCCAAACCAUCCUAAAUAUCUUCACAGAAGCUUACAAAAAGCUUGGCCUAUCGCUAAACACCCAAAAAACCAAAGUGCUGCACCAAUAAGUACAAAACAACCCCUCUGCAGCGCCACAAAUCCAACUGAACCGUGUAAUGCUGGAAAAUGUCAACCACUUUUCCUAUCUGGGCAGUUAUCUUUCCACAAGGCCGACAUUGAUGCCAAAAUCCAGCAUUGCCUGAGCUCUGCAAGUGCAGCUUUCUCCUGAUAGAUGUGCAGAGUGUAUGAGGACCGGGACAUUCGCAGGCAAACCAAAAUGCUUGUUUACAAUGCUAUUAUACUACCAACCUUACUGUAUGCUUGUGAAACAUGGACCACUUAUAAACGUCAUCAACUCCUCGAAAGAUUCCAUCAACAGUGUCUCCGAAAAUUUUUACACAUCACUUGGGAAGGCAGGCGAACUAAUUCCAGUGUACUGGAAGAAGCAAAGAUCACCAGUGUCAAAGCAAUGAUUCUUCAACAUCAACUUCACUGGACUGCUCAUGUUGUUUGAAUGCCUGAUGAUCGUCUUCCAAAGCAACUACAGUGGUGCCUCGCAAGACGAAAUUAAUUCGUUCCGCGAGUUUUUUCGUCUAGCGAAUUUUUCGUCUUGCGAAGCACGAAAUCCCAUAGGAAUGCAUUGAAAUUCAAUUAAUGCGUUCCUAUGGUCAAAAAAAGUCCAAACAAAGCCAAAUUUGGUACAACAAGAGUUUAUUAAGUGCUCUUUAAAGUCACACCCAGCACACAGAAAUUCAAAUCCAGAAUUUUUUUAAAAAAACAGCAGAGUGGCCCAAUGGUCACAGAAAAUCAUAAAAAUGCAGAAAAAAACCACACAAGCUUCCAGAUUCUUGCAAACCCCUCCUCAACUGUUCCCCCAGCCACCCACCACACAGAAAUUCAAAUCCAGAAUUUUUUUAAAAAAACAGCAGAGUGGCCCAAUGGUCACAAAAAAUCAUAAAAAUGCAGAAAAAAAACACACAAGCUUCCAGAUUCUUGCAAACCCCUCCCCAACACCAAGUCCUUGAAUUCCAAACACCCCAACCCAAAAUCCAAAAAACCCCCAAAAAGUUUUAAAAGUUUAACUUACCAAAUGGCUGCAAAAGAAGUUUUGGAAAAGCUUCAAAAAUCACCAGAGUCUUCAAAAACCUCAAAAAAGGCUACCACACCGCGUGCUAUGAGUUGCUCCUCGAAGUCAAGUCGCAACUGCACCUCUUCAAGCAAUGCACCCUGGGUAUUAACGGUUUUACGAAAAAGGAAACAAACUUGCAAGACGUUUUCAUCUUGCGAAGCAAGCCCAUAGGGAAAUUCAUCUUGCGAAGCAGCUCAAAAAACGAAAAACCCUUUCGUCUAGCAAGUUUUUCAUCUUGCGAGGCAUUCGUCUUGCGGGGCACCACUGUACUCUAUUCUGAACUUAAAAAUGGAAAUUGUAAUGCUGGUGGUCAAUAAAAGAGGUUUAAAGACUCUCUCAAGGCAAAUCUUUUAAAAUGUGGUAUAAACACUGACAACUGGAAAACACUGGCCUGUGAGCGCUCCAAUUGGAGAACAGUCUUUACCAAAGUUGUCAUAGGCUUUGAAGACACUUGAACUCAGGACAAAAGGGAGAAAUGUGCUAAGAGGAAGGCACGUUUGGCAAACCCUCACUGUGAUCAACUUCCGCUGGGAAACCUAUGUCCCCACUGUGGAAGGACGUGUGGAUCCUGAAUUGGCCUCCACAGUCACCUACGGACUCACUGUUAACACCGUGUUUGUGGAAGACAAUCUUACUUGGCUACGAAUGAUCGCCAAAGAUGAAAACAGUCCUCCCUUACAAGAUUUCACUCCUCACAUUGAUAAUAAUAAUAAUAAUAAUAAUAAUAAUAAUAAUAAUAAUAAUGCUUCAUUUAAGAAAGGCAUCAUUUUUUAAAAAAACAAACAUUAAGUUAUAAAGCAUGGAAUUAGAACUACUUCCUUGGAGAGAGACUGUUCCUUCAGCCUUCUGCUUGCCGAAUAGCAGGUGGUGCAAUUCAUUAUGGAAAUGCACCCCGAAAGGCAAUAAUAAUUUUUCAUAUUAUCUCCGACAAGAUCCCUGGCAGACAGGUUAACAGGCGGGGAGUGAAAUCAUUCAGAACCAAGCAAGGUAGGCUCAAAUAUGGGACAUGUAUAAAAUAUGUAUGAAAUGAAUUCCCCCCCCCCCCCCAUUUGCAGGUGAAAAACCGCUGACAUUUCCCCUGUAAUUUGAAUAAUGUGUACUGUAUGCACUUUUGCUUUCCCCACUCCAGUUCAUACAUUUUUAACUCCCGCUGCACAAAGGAAAACUUUUGCUGUCUGGCCCUGCCAGUUGAACCUAAGAGUUCUGCUGACUAUUCACACACAGUCAUAGCAGCAUCUUGGUGCAGGAUGGGCCAAGGGGAUGCCGGGGGCAAGAUAAAUGCCAUAGCCAGAAAUAAUAAACUACAAUGAACUUUUUGUGUCCAGCCCAACUGGUAACACUUUCUGUUGUGCAAACAAAAUUGAUCAGGGGUCAGCAAACUUUUUCAGCAGGGGUCCACUGUCCCUCAGACCUUGUGGGGGGGCCGGACUAUAUUUUGGGGGAGGGGGAAAUGAACGAAUUCCUAUGUCCCACAAAUAACCCAGAGAUGCAUUUUAAAUAAAAGCACACAUUCUACUCAUGUAAAAACACGCUGAUUCGCGGACCGUCUGCAGGCCGGAUUUAGAAGGUGAUUGGGCCGGAUCCAGUCCCUGCGCCUUAGUUUGCCUACCCAUGAUCUGGUUGCUCUUGUAAAAAGCAUCAUUCACCUUGAUGUAUGAUUUGUGGGGGUUUUGUUUUUCCAUUGCUUAUACUAAUUUGUUGUACAGUAUUAGCAAUCUUGCUCUGUGAUGUGACGAAACCUUUUCAAGCGCCCACCAGACUGCAAAGGCUUAUUGCCUGACUGCCUAUCCUUGUCAUUUAUUGAGUGUCAUGCACAUUACAGCAGCUGGAGAGCUCUCAAAAGCAGAGACCUUGCCUUGUGCUCCCAGCAAGGCGUCCAUCUGCACCACAGGCAACAUUGAGGGGGUAGUGUUUUCCUUGCUGGAGAGACAAGCAAAUUGCUGCUCCUGCUCCUUCCUUGUUUGUUUGGCAGCGGCUUCCUCUUUCCGCUUGCUGCUCACAUAAGAAGAUGGCAGAGAAUAGGCUGGGAAAUGAAUUGUAAUUAGGUGUUCACAGCAUCUCAAAAAGGCUAUUGUGGAACUGGAAAAGCCCAAUCAAAAUGAUCAAAAGCUGCAGCAGCUCUGUAAUGAAGAAAGGUUACAACAUUUGGGGCUUAAAAAAAGCUAAUGGGGGGGGAUAAAUUUCCAUGGUGUGAAAAAGUAGAAAGUGUUUUUCUCCCUAAUCCUAGAACCCGGGGUCAUCCAAUGAACUGGAGUAGUUAGCAAUCCAGGAUAGACAGAAUUGUUUCACACAGCAUGUAACUGAACAGUGGAAUUGGCUGCCCUAAAUUGUGGUCACGGUAGCCGACUUAGUGUGAAAGGGGAUUAGAGAGAUUCCUAGAGACUAAGACUGUCCCUGUGGCUACAGAACCCAGGCAUAGGCAAACUUGGCCCUCCAGAUGUUUUGGGACUACAAUUCCCAUCAUCCCUGACCACUGGUCCUGUUAGCUAGGGAUCAUGGGAGUUGUAGUCCCAAAACAUCUGGAGGGCCGAGUUUGCCUAUGCCUGACAUAACCUCUAGGGCAGAGUUUCUCAGACUUGGGUCCCCAGCUGUUGUUGGACUACAACUCCCAUCAUCCCUGACCACUGGUCCUGCUAGCUAGGGAUGAUGGGAGUUGUAGUCCAGCAACAGCUGGGGACCCAAGUUUGCAACCAACUGCUCUAGGGUCGAGAGGCAAUAUUCUGUUGGAUACCAUUUGCUGGAGGACAUCUGCAGAAGGUUGUCCCCGUGUCCUCCUUUUGGGCUUCUCCUUAGGGACCUGAUUGGUAAUUAGGAUGCUAGACUAGUUAGGCCUUUGCUCUGAUUCAGCAGAGCUGUUAUGCUGUUGUUUGACUUUAAAGAAGCUGUGAUCAAUGUUGGCACACUGAAGGAUGUCUCAGAUAGGAGAAGUAGCACGUGUCUUCAGGACAGGAAGUUGGCCCUGUUAAGAAUUCCAUUCUUCAGACAAGGAGCUUGGCAGAGGCUGAUAGGGCUUUAUUCAACUUCAGCCAUCUCUGGAGCAAGUUGCUUACAAGGAGUUGUGAUAAUACAGUGCCUGCCCAAUUUGUUGGGUUCAGUUUGUGCAUUUUACAGUGGUGCCUUGGGUUACAGACGCUUCAGGUUACAGACGCUUCAGGUUACAGACUCCGCUAACCCAGAAAUAAUACCUCGGGUAUUAUAAGGAAUAAUUGAUUACAGUCUAAACACAAGUGGAAAAUGGGAUUUAGACUAGAGACAGGUGGCAGUUCGUUCAGAGAAUUGAAGGAAGUACAGUGGUACCUCGGGUUACAUACGCUUCAGGUUACAUACGCUAAAGGCCCCAUUAGCUAAAGUGGUGCUUCAGGUUAAGAACAGUUUCAGGUUAAGAAUGGACCUCCGGAACGAAUUAAGUUCUUAACCCGAGGUACCACUGUAUCUGUUUUUAGUUCUUACUGCUACGUAAACUGCUUUAAUGCUAAGAAAAACAUGAUGAAAAUGCCUUUUAAAUAUAUGGCACAACAUCACACAGCAAGGAACACUUGCUUUGUUUCUGUUUUUGAGUGUGAAGUUUGCCUCUUGCCCUAAAAUGGGACAAUGUGGAUUUCUUCAUAAUAUUAAAAUGUUAAGAACAGCUGAAGCAGGUCCUCCAUGAUAUGUUGCCUCAAAAUCUACCACUUUCUAACUGUAGGAUAGAAAGGGCCUCCUUCUCUGCCUUCGUCUUCUUUCUUUUUAGUUAAUUGUUCACAGAAAAAAAAUUCAGCAGGCCCACACAGUGGGCAGGCAUGGUACUGCCUGGUGAACUGUCUUCAAAGCCAUGCUUAAUAAUGAAUGCUUUUUGCAUUGUAUCAAAAGCACCGUAUCUCUUCAAAUUGGCCUGUAGAGAUUUCUGUAGAUUUCUCAUUAGAGAGAAUAUUGAAUGAAGGAUCAAGUUAUCUAUCUAAAAAGUCAAGGUUUUGCUCAAGAAAUUAGGAGUUUUGGAAAUAGACCAAAAUCUUGAAACUUUCCAACUACAUAUUGGACCCAAGUGAACCUUAGAUGAAUUAAAACCCAAAUUUUAUCAUGUCUCUUUCUUCUAUGCCACCCCCACCCCACAAUAACCUAAAGUGAAGGACGGAAAUGGAAUUCCAUAGGGAGAAAUAAAUUCUGAUCUCUUACAACAUAAACCAGACAUACACUGAGAUCUCUUGCUCUGGAGAUCUGUUCUGAGAAGAGUGGUUAUUAGCAUGCUUUGUAGUCUCAUCCCGUUGUUUAUGUAGUGCUUUGUUCGGGUGUUAAACCAGGCUGCCAGGCUGCCUUUUGAAGACCUCAUGAAGACUCAUUUUGUGCAAAAUAAAGCUGCCAGAUUUUGACUGGGCCAGCUUUCGACAACUGAGGUGUGUGUUUUUAGGACCCACCAUAUUCAUCUGAAUAAAAUCUGUUUAAAUAAAUUACAAGCCUGUUAUACACCGUAUUUUUCGCUCUAUAAGAUGCACCAGACCACAAGACGCACCUAGUUUUUGGAGGAGGGAAACAAGGAAAAAAAUAUUCUGAAUCUCAGAAGCCAGAACAGCAAGAGGGAUUGCUGCACAGUGAAACCCACAAUCCCUCUUGCUGUUCUGGCUUCUGUGAUAGUUGUGCAGCCUGCAUUCGCUCCAUAAGACGCACACACAUUUCCCCUUACUUUUUAGGAGGGAAAAAGUGAGUCUUAUAGAGCAAAAAAUACGGUAUAUUGUUGUAACCUGUCCUGGGACCUUAUGGUGAAAGGCAGGCAAGAAAUCAAAUUAGUGAUGAUGAUGAUGACAGAAUAGUUUCACUGGAUACCUGUUUGCUUAUGAGCUCAUUUCGAAAUUCUGGCACUUACUUGUUUUAAAGCCUUGAAUGGAUUGGGAAUCUUAUGAACUGCCUUUUUGCAUGCCAGGCUCAGUCACCUAGAUACAGAGGGGUUGUUUGUUUGUUUGUUUGUGUGUUUGUUUGUUUGUUUGUUUGUUUGUUUGUAGCAUUGUGGAAUACCCUCUGUGAGAAGACUCUCCUGAUAUCAUCUUGUUGACUUUUUAGGUACCAGGGUAAAACUUUUUCUUUUGUCCUCUCAGUCAUUUUAAGUAUCAGUGUCUUGUCUUUCUUCUUCUGCUUGCUAUUAAUGUUCUGCAUUUUAAUCCCCUAGCUAUAGUUUUAGUUUUUAUAAACCAUCCUUUAAUUUAUUCCGAUGAAUGGAAGUCUAUUAAAAAUAUCUUAAAUCAGAGACAGGGAACCUGUGGCCCUCAGGAUGUUGUUGGGCAGCAACUCUCAGCAUCCUUCACUGUUGGCCAUGCUUGCAAGGGCUGAUGGGAGUUGGAGUCCAAAAACAUCUGGGAGGCCGCAGCUGUUACAUCUGUGUCAGUCUGCAAAAAGAGGUAUCUAGAAUUCUGCAGAACAGCUGCAUCUUCCCCACCCCCACCCCACCACAAAAGAAACCCAGCUUCAACCUUUACUUGAGAGUUUUAGAUAGACAGAAACGUCUUCUCCACUUGCAGAUUCUCACAAAUGUGUGAGAAAUAAGCUUUCCACGUGUGAGUUAGAUCACAGAAGCUGGCUUCUGUUGUCAUGCCUGUUUUGUUAGCAAGAGCCCAGUAAGCAUUGACAACUCUCCUUCAAUCUCUGUUUUGUUUUUUAUUACUUGUCUUUAUUUCACUGCCUGAAAUAAAGGACGGUUUGGCCGAAUGUCUUUCUGAAUUGGCCGGGUUUAAUGGUUUCUCACCCUGUCCAAUUGCAGAACUUAAUCUGGAAGGGAAUUGUAUCCACCGCCUGCCAGAAGAGGUCCGAACCCUGCUGCACCUGAGAGUCAUCAACCUGUCCAGGAACAAAUUUUGUCACUUUCCAGAACAGCUGACCUCUUUGCCAGCUCUUGAAACAAUCAACCUAGAAGAGAAUGAGAUUGCAGGUAAGAGACUGCCCUGUAUCUGUGCAUCCAAGGACUUCUCUGUUGCAACUGUGGAGUAGUGAAGAUCUUGCAUUAAAACUUACUCGGAUGUUCAGUGCAACCUUGUGUUUAAGCACUAGCCUGGUAGCCAGCCGUGAAGAGGAAUUGCCUGCAAGCAAUAGUAUUACUGUUGCUAUUAUUGGGCUCCAUAUCUUCCAAACUCUGCCAUGAGCAACUUUUCAUAAUUAAGCAAUUGUGUGAGUUUCAUAGGACGUCUCAUCACUUAAGAGAAUGCUUUGCAUUGAACUUUGCCUGCGAUUGAAGGGUCUGUCCUUGCUAAGGAAACGGCACUUUUGCUCAGCAAUAAUAUUCUCAUCACUGUUUUUUUCUAACCUGAAAGCAUUAGAGCUACACUUUCAAAAAAGAAGUUAUGCUAUUUGCAUUCAUUAAUAUUGUAUAAGUAUUUCUCCUUUUACUUUUCUGUGCUGUUUCAGCUUUCCACCCCUUUUUUGGAAACAAUUCAUAAUCAUUUUUUAAAAUGAAAAUUCCUUUGAAGAGCAAACUAAGUCUAAGAAAUUGGACCCCCUCAGGUCACAUGCUUCCCUUUGGAACUGAAUAAUGAGCAGAAGAUGCUGCUCAUUUUUAUUUUUCUGGAAGCGAGUCAUCUUUUAGAAGACUUUUUUCCCCUUUGUCAGCCAGGUGUAAAAACUGUUCAUUGUACCUGUACAUUUUCUACUGUAGAACUAAUAGGAGCUUCAGGAUAGGUAUAAUGGGUGCAUUUAUGUAAGAGAAACAAACAGCUGCUCAGUUAAAUUUGGAGGCCCUUGUGACUGCUCUUAGAUGAUGAUGAUGAUGAUGAUGAUGAUGAUGAUAAUUUAUUAUUUAUUAUUUAUACCCCGCCCAUCUGGCUAGGCUUCCCCAGCCACUCUGGGCGGCUUCCAAAAAAAAUAUUAAAAUACAGUAAUACAUCAAACAUUAAAAGCUUCCCUAAACAGGGCUGCCUUCAGAUGUCUUCUAAAUGUCUGGUAGUUGCUUUUCUCUUUGACAUCUGGUGGGAGGGCGCCACUACCGAGAAGGCCCUCUGCCUGGUUCCCUGUAACUUGGCUUCUCGCAGUGAGGGAACCGCCAGAAGGCCCUCGGUGCUGGACCUCAGUGUCCGGGUAGAACGAUGGUGGUGGAGACGCUCCUUCAGAUAAAACUUAAAGAGAUCUCCUACAGGUUGUUUGGUUAGAUCCUGAGAAGAUUUAGUGGAAUACUAGAACUGGCAAGUCUAAAUUGAGGCUAUAAUAAUAAUAAUAAAGAUGAAACAGAAAACUUAGAUGAUGUGAUUGUUGCUUGCUGCCAUACCAACUUUUCAUGCUUUCUGCACAUAAUCAUUGGAUGUGUUGUAGGCAUGCGGGGGGGGGGGAGUUUUAGUUGUGUUCAUCAUAUUAAUUACUUAUAAGCUUAUGUCUAAGUAUAAGGCUCUUAUAAACUUGGGCUGCAGAUCAGAGCACUCCCAGGAGCUUCUGUUACAAGCCAUCAUUCAGCUGUGCCCUGCAGGGAUGUUUAUCCUCAGUACCAAAUUCAAGGAUCCCGGGGUGGGGAGCCUGUCCCGUGCAUCCUUUUAAAAAAAUUCUCUCCAUUCCAGGUAAAGCUUGCAACAGCGACCUGCCUACAAAGACAAGUAGUGCAAUACAAACACCUAGAAAUAUACACAGACUGCCCCCCCCCGCAAUUUCCUCCAUGGUCAAAGGAGCAGAAAAGAUGAGGAGCCAGGCAGGAGCAUCAGAGCUGCUGCUGUAGUGCCCAUCUUUGCUGCAUGUUGAAGCUACAUGGGAGGAGGAGGAAAUGCAUAGAAACCUCUGCUGACUGAGAGGCAGGAAGGGGUUAAAGCUCCAAGCUGUUAUAUAUGCUCCCCAUCAGAGCUGCUCUUAUUCUAGCUUCAAGCUCCAGGGCAAGGGAAACAUUAGACAUUUGCGAGUGGGGUGUUUUCCCACCCCCCUCUCCCCCAAGUACUUGCAAACAUCCUGGAGCAUUUGUGAGUACUGGAAAUAAAUGCUUGCAUGGUUCUUGAACCAAACCCAGAGGUGUCAUUUGCAUUCCUAGCUGGGAUCUAGGAUAGCUCACUGUGCCGUGCUAUCACUACAGAGAUAGACUUCGAUUGAUAUACAAAAGCCCCUGGAUAUUGGAAUAGCUGCUUAGAUAAACUGGAGAUUUCAGAUGAAGAACUUUACUGCACGUUAAUUUUGUGUCAGUGGUGAUCUACUCCUUCAGGUGUGGGCGGGCAGUGAAGCUUGACUUCCCCGUUCUCAGUUUGCCGAAUGUUUUUAUUUUAUUUUGGAAGUAUAAAUUAAUGAACUAAUUAAAUCUGAGUUGUUGGUUUUUUUUAAAAAAAGGGAGAAUGGGGGGAAAUCAUCUUUAUUGAGCUUGACUGGCUGCUUGAGGUACACUUAGUUUUUUCUGUGUUUUUUCACUCUUUUUUUUUUUUAGUUUCUAAACACGGACACAUCUUUAAUAUCACAAAACGAAAUCAGCUGGCAUCUCAAAAUGCCAGAGAGAAGUGACAGGCAAUUAAUUCAUAGAUUAAAGGGAACAGGGACUUGUCAGUGUGAAUUUGAAAAUAAAUUGGUCUCAGAUGUAGCAUAGGGAGCCUCAUGGAUGAUCAAUACCAAAAUGUUUUAUCUCCUGUUUUACUGAUAACAGAAAAAUAUAUAUUGGCAAAGCUGUCUGUCAGGCUUGUACUGAUAAAAAUGGUCAGGAGGCAGUAAGAAACAAUAAAAAAGUGUGUGUAUGUGUGUACACGCACAAUAAAGCAUCAUUUUCAAGUCGUUUUUUGGUUGUGCAACGUGGCAAUUGUAAGCAUGAGGUAUGGAUUGGUAUGCCCUAGUUAAAAUCUCAGUUCAUACAUGAAUUUACUGGGCAGCCUUUAGGCAAACCACUAUUUUUUUGACUUCCCACAUGGCAUGCUUGUGGAUUAACACUGGCCUCACUCGAGCUUGACUUACAGGCACCUGGUGACUUUUAAAGUCAGUGGGUAUGUGGAUCAUGUCCUUAUACACCAGGAAUGGGGAACUGGACCCAAGUCCCACAGUGACCUGCCCUUCAGCUGGCAACCUGUAUGAUGCCAGGUGUGGGACAGGUGGCUUGGCCAAAGCCCACUUAGGCGCCCAGGUUAGAGGUUCCCAACCCCAUAAUAUAAUGUAGUCACUAGUUGGCCCUUGUAGCUGCAUGAAGUUGGGUGGUGGGGUCCUGUUCCUGUUCCCUUCCUGCUGGAGAAAGUCAGUACAGUUAUUGUCUAGCUUCCUGACUGGCAUGUCCUCUAAGCUCCCAGAGCAGCCACUGCCUAGUCCUCGGGAAGGUUAGGAAGGCUGCAGGGCGGGGCUCAGUGAUCUGUGCCAUUGGAGAGCUGGGCUGUCCUGUCCUGUCCAAUACCACUCCACAGUGAGACUUGGGUGCAUCAGCAAGGUAAGCUGCCUUCUCUGGGGAGGGGAGGAAGUGCAGGCUUGCUCUUUGCAUGCGGGGUAAACUCGCAGCCCCUUCUGCCAGGGCGGCUGCCGCUUGGUCAUGCCUGGCAAAGUCCAUCUCUCUGCCUGGCUGCUACAGCUGCCAUGAAAUAAACUCAGUGGCUUCUGUGCCCAGGCUAGGUAGCUGGCUGGAGUUCGCAAAUUAGGAAGUGACAAACUCCACACUUUCUCCACUCCAAAGAAGAAGAGGAAGGAACAUUUGGGACACACAGCAGAGGAGGAAGAGGUGGCAGUGCGCUGCGGCAGGCGCAUAGGGGCAGGUGCGCAGUGGUGGUGGAGGAGGAGGAGGCAGCUGACAAGGAGGCGGCAAGUGGCACACUUCUUGGAGGCCCGAUCUGCUGCCUCUCCCAGCUUUCCAGAACCUGCCGUCCUGAGGCCACUGCCUCGCCUUGCCUCAUGGUUGAGCCAAGGGUUUCCAUUCUGUGGUCCAUGACUCUAUAUUUUCCUUUUGGCCUCUUUUUAUUGGUCCAUCUCCUCAGGUGAUCCUGACAUGGGAAGCUGGUUUGACCUGUAUAUGAACAGGCCAAAGGCAGCCUCUGGCAGCGCACCGUUAAUAUUCCAAGCAUUGAUUCAAUUCUAAUACUUAAUAAAAUCCAGGAAUUGUGGGUGUCUUGCACCCACAAACCCUGGCUCCCAUGAUCUCCUAACAACAGUGAUAAAAAGCCCCGCUUGACAGUGUUCAUGGUCACAUUUCCCCAGUGAACGGCUCACAUUUGGAAGACCCGGUUGCUUUCCCGAAGAACAAGGACAGCCACGUCUCAUUGUGAUGAGAAUAUUUUUGACUGCAUUAUCUGGCAGUGACUAAUUGAUGACCUUUUCCCUCCCACCACUUCAGCUUAAUAAUUAAACAUCAGAUAACCUGCUGGGCUGACAGUGGCCUUAAAAAUAUUUAUUAAAAAGUUUUUAUUUUUAAAGAGACAUUUUUAAGGUUCCUGCCAAUCUAGCAGGCUAUCUGCUGUUUAAUCAUUGAUAUGUCUUAUUAAUCUAAGCUUCCGAGAACCCAAUUUAAAUUUAGUUCAGUCCUGGGGAGAGAGGUCUGGGAUCAAUAUUUGGAACCUCUAAGGUUGAAACUUUGCCCAGUUCAGCAGGAACUACUUGUUGUAGGAUUUUUACAUAGGAAUGCAAACAAGGACCCUCUGGAGCUCUGGAAAUGCUCAAGAUAGCAAUACCCUUGAUUAUAAUUAAUAAAUGCUGUUGUUGCUGGUGUUUGUUACAUCGGUGUGCACAACAGAGUACAUGAAUAUAGGACCCUCCGUAUACAGUCUCAAGUUCAACACAGGGAAGGCAACAGAUGGAAGAGAUUUGGGUAUUUGCUUUUUUCACAUGAUUAAACAAGCAUGCUUCACUAGACCAUUUGUUUUUUGAGGAAAAGCUCCCAUCCACUGAAAACUGGUGCAGGUCCUCACUUCAGACCAGGGUUGUUCUGGAUUGGGGGCCCCCAACUGCGUCCUCUCCAAAAUAAAAAUAGGCUAAGCAUAUUUGUUUAUACACGUAACUGAAUGCACAUGUGUUUUGGCCCUCAAUGACACUUGCACUAAUUUGGGUUUAGUUCAGUGAGGCAGGCAAAGCCAAUGUAAUGCCCACCUCAGGUUGUUGGACUACAGCUCCCAUCAUCAUCAUCAUCAUCAUCAAUUUUAUUUAUAUCCCGCCCUCCCCAGCAGAAGCCGGGCUCAGGGCGGCUAACAACACGAAAGUAGUGCAACAUUAUAAGAACAUUAUAAAAAUUAAUUAAAAUCAAAAUUGAUGGCAACCAUAAACUAAAGUUCUGUAAACAUUGCCAAAGGAGGGAGUCAGGCUGCGCCCUGACCAAAGGCCUGGUGGAACAGCUCUGUCUUGCAGGCCCUGCGGAAAGAUGUCAAGUACUGCAGGGCCCUUGUCUCUUGUGACAGAGCAUUCCACCAGGUUGGAGUCGCAGCCGAAAAAGCCCUGGCUCUAGUUGAGGCCAGCCUAACCUCUCUGUGGCCUGGGACCUUCAAGAUGUUUUUAUUUGAAGACCGUAAGUUUCUCUGUGGGGCAUACCAGGAGAGGCGGUCCCGUAGGUACGAGGGUCCUAGGCCGUAUAGAGCUUUGAAGGUUAAAACCAGCACCUUAAACCUGAUCCUGUACUCCACCGGGAGCCAGUGCAGCUGGUAUAGCACCGGAUGAAUGUGAUUUCACAGCGAAGACCCCGUAAGGAGUCUCGCCACGGCAUUCUGCACUCGCUGGAGUUUCUGGGUCAGUCUCAAGGGCAGCCCCACAUAGAGCAAGUUACAAUAAUCCAGUCUGGAGGUGACCGUCGCGUGGAUCACAGUGGCUAGGUCAGGGCGAGAGAGGUAAGGAGCCAACUGCUUAGCUUGGCGGAGAUGAAAAAAUGCCGCCUUUGUUAUAGCUGCAAUCUGCGCCUCCAUGGAGAGGGAGGUAUCGAAGAUUACACCCAAACUCUUAACGGACGGUGCUGGCACUAAUUGCACCCCCGCAAGAGAUGGGAGUUGCCCCCUCAAUCCCAUAUCGUCCCGUCCCAGCCAGAGGACCUCUGUCUUCGCAGAAUUUAACUUUAACCGGCUCCCACAUAACCAUCCAGCCACAGCUUCCAAGCAUCUGAUCAGUGUGUCUGGGGCCGAGUCAGGAUGGCCAUCAGCAUACUGAUGGCAGCCCAGCCCAAAACUCCAGACAAGCUGGGCGAGGGGGCGCAUAAAGAUGUUAAAAAGCAUCGGGGAGAGUAUCGCACCCUGGGGCACUCCACACACCAAGGAGUGGCGCGAUGACAAUUCCCACCCAAGCGCCACCCUCUCCCCGACCAGAGAGAAACGAGUGCAGCCAUUGAAGGACUGUGCCCUGGAUCCCCACGUCGGCAAGGCGGUGGUCCAGGAGUUCGUGAUCGACCAUGUCGAAGGCUGCUGACAGGUCUAGAAGGUCAUCCCUGACCUUUUGCCAGGUUGGCUGGGGCUGAUAGGAAUUGCAGUCCAAGAACAUCUGAAAGGCUCCACAUUGACCACCCAAGGGAUGUCGUUUUGGCAGGGGGACAUUCCAAAAGCUUCACAGAAAAGGUGACUUUGGAAGAACUGAGAGAGGCAGCGUCGCACAGGUGUUCUGAGAGGCAGCUGCAGACUUAAAAGGCAGCAAGAGCAAGGGGCAAAGUCCUUCAAAGGAACAGUCUGCUAAGGUGGAUGAGCAAUUGUCACAGGCAGGGAAUAUGUCAAGAUAUGAUCAGAAGGAAAAUGGAAGGCACUUGGAUGGUGAACGCAAGGAGUUCGUUCUUGAGAUGCGGCAGAUGAAAAGCCAGUGUAGGGAUUUCAGGAGAGGCAGUGAUGGGAGGGUUGAAUAACAUGGGCGGUAUUGUUGUGGACAAUGGACCAAAGUGAGACUAUAGAAGACCAAACACUACAGGCUUGCAGGAGUCAAGGCAAGCAGUGAUCAAAGCAUGAACCAGCAAUUGUGCCAAGGAAGAGGCUUGUAUUUUUGCAGCGUUGUAAUGGGAGAAGUGGCACGACACUGAAGGACUACAAGAAGCACCUACAAAUAUCCUUCUUGCGUAUGGCAGACUUUCUUAGAAGUAUGAUGAAUACCCAAUUUGCUGCCUCAAAGAGAGAGGAUUGGAUAUGGUAGUCCUUUUCCCCCCCAGUUCAUUGUAUACAGUAAUUUUCCACUGGGCCUCCAGUGCUCUGAGGCACAAAAUACUGCAUGUGAUUGAAGAAGACAAAUCAAAGUAUGGUAUCAUUUUGGGACAGCAAUUUUUCUGUCUGUAUAACUCCUUUCAUAAUGUGUCCAUUGCUAUUUUAGGUUACUUCCUGCUUUUAUGUAGUUUGAUACCUCAGAGGUAGUCAUUUAGAGAGACUUUACUAUACAUUAGAUUUCAUAACUGAGUAUCUCAGUCUGAUACCUUAAUAGUAAGCUAGAUUUAAAAAGGUGUGAGGAUAGGAUUAAUGUCUCCCCUCCCCUUCCUUUUUGCAUGAAUCAAUUCAUAUAGAUGUGCUAGGAGGGCGGGUGUAUUGAAAAGCUUUAAGAUAUCUUCCUGCAGCAGAUAUAAAUAAUGUCGCAGAUAGAACAGUAGGCCUAGACAGGGUUCCUGGAAUUGUGUGAUAAUAGUGUUUUAUUCCAGGCCCAAAUCACAGUUAUUUUCUGUAUUAUCUGCAAAACAACGUAGCAAAAAACAACAUGGGAGGCAGCAGCUACGAGUUACUGUUCUCUGCAGCUACAGCAGACACUGUGAUUCUCAUGGUUUGACUUCACCCCCCAUCAACGCUUUUAUCUUGAUAAUUACAUUCUGCACCGAUGUCAAAUAACCAGGCACCACCAAGUUGUUUCAGAACUAUGAAGUGCUGUUGGUACAGCAAAUCAAAAAUAUGAUCUAUAACAAGGAACAAUUUUGAUAACACGUUGAGGUUUUGAGGCUGGGAGGUGCAAUCCCCAAUCCAUGGGGAUGCAGGAGGUACAGUGUUACCUCGGGUUACAGACGCUUCAGGUUAUAGACUCCGCCAACCCAGAAAUAGUACCUCGGGUUAAGAACUUUGCUUCAGGAUGAGAACAGAAAUCGCGUGGCAGCGGGAGGCCCCAUUAGCUAAAGUGGUACCUCAGGUUAAUAAUGGAUCUCCAGAAUGAAUUAAGUUCUUAACCCGAGGUAGCACUGUACUCUGAAUGAAAGCAGGAUUAGAAGUUGAGCAUAGUGGCAGUUGCGCAUACAUUUAACUGCAGCGUUUGGCUGCACAUUCUACAGUGGCCCCUAGAGUAGUAGAACACAAAGCUCUGGGCAGUAGUGGAGGCCAAUAACAGGUUUCAUCAUAAUCAAUUAGGAAGUCAGUUCUCUGAGCAUGCAAAAUAAGUAAGUAAAUAGCCAGUUGGUGCUUAUUAUCUGUUGAUCUGAUUGAGCAUUUAUGGGACUUCAAUUGCAUUUGGUUUGAUGUUCCUUCUUUUGAUGCUUAAUCACCUUAUCGACUCUCAACACAUUCAUUGAUUCAUGCUGUUAAACUCUUCCAUCCGGUUACACAAGACCAUCAAGGAAAAAGCUACUGUGAACAAGGCUAUAUAUUUUGGGGACUGCCUGGCAGCCGUCUCCGUGAUCACGGUGCAUUGCACCAUUUCCAACCACUAGGAUCAAUGAGAUUUUUGCCAACUUCAAUGUGCCUUGCUUGAUUGACACCAGGUUUCUCACGACACUGUGCAUUUGGCAGUGCAAGCUAGUAGUUAAAUGUAAUUGUGAAGCCCUGGUUCAGCUUAGCUCCUUCGAUUAAUAACAUGUUACUUGGACUUGUUGGCAUAAAAAGGACAUCUGCGAUGUUAGAUUGAUAUGUAAGGUUUGCACACAGCCUGGAAGCUUUCAUCUUGCGAAUCCUUGGUAGGAGAAUAGGCUGACCUUAAUCCGUGCACAUACACACACAGGAAAAAUAGCAAAUAUGUUUAUUCUUGGAAAUACAUACAGUGGUACUUCGGAAGUCAAACGGAAUCUGUUCUGGAAGUCUGUUUGACUUCCAAAACGUUUGGAAACCGAGGUGCGGCUUCUGAUUGGCUGCAGGAAGCUCCUGCAGCCAAUCGGGAGCCGCAGAAGCUGCGUCAGUUCCAGUUUCCAAAGAAUGUUCACCAACCGGAACACUCGCUUUCGGGUUUGCAGUGUUUGGGAGCCAAAAUGUUUGACUCGCAAGGCGUUCAGGAUCCAAGGUGCGACUGUACUUGGAUAGGAAAGUUUCUCUCGUUCUGAGUUGGGAGUGCAAGGGAGCUAUGCUUGCUCCUUUGUUCUCAGAGAUCAUUCCAAGAUGACUUCUCCACAGAGGGUCCGAAGAAGUAGAGAGGAAGAGGGGGUUGCAACCUAAGAAUAUCAGUCUUAAGAUCAAAGGGAAAGAGGAGUGAGAUGAUGCAAUAAUUGAGGGUUCCCUUCUCUGUCCUCUUCAACCCAUACAAACCUCUCUCACCGAGCUGAGUUGCACUCACACUUCCAACAUGUGCCAGAGGUGCAUUUAUUGAAUCCCCACACACACACUACGCCAGUGUGGUGUAGUGGUUAAGAGCGGUAGUCUCGUAAUCUGGUGAACUGGGUUCGCGUCUCCGCUCCUCCACAUGCAGCUGCUGGGUGACCUUGGGCCAGUCACACUUCUCUGAAGUCUCUCAGCCCCACUCACCUCACAGAGUGUUUGUUGUGGGGGAGGAAGGGAAAGGAGGAUGUUAGCCGCUUUGAGACUCCUUAAAGGGAGUGAAAGGCGGGAUAUCAAAUCCAAACUCUUCUUCUUCUUCUUCUUCUCCCCUUUUAGAGGAGUAAUGGUGGAGCAGCCUUCACUUUCCUUUUACCUGCAGAAACUCCAGCAUCCCAUCCCAUCCAGGCCCAUAUUGGGAUAGUGACCAACAAAGACGCUAUAGCAGAAGUGCAGCUGUUGGCUUGGCACCCAGAUGUGGCUGGGAGGAACUUAAGCUGUAUGAACUGCAUGUGAACAGGAUGAACUUACUGUGUAACUUCCAACGGGAUCUGCGGCAUUAAUUUAUACCUGCGGAUCAGGCCUUAGGUACCAGGUUGGGUGUUUGGCAAAUGAUACCUGCAUGCUAGAAUUGCUUAAGCCAAGGAAGUCUCCUCCUAUUCAGACUGGCCUGCAUCAUAGCUCAGCUUAGUGGUGAGCACAGACUUUGUAUGCAAAAGGACCAAGGCUCAAUACCUGGUACCUCUGGGUAGGGCUGGGAGAAACCCUUGUUGGAAUUGCUGGAGAACUUCUGCUGGUCAGGUAGACAGUGCUGAACUAGAUGGACAAACCUUCUGGGAAUCUUUUAAUUUUUUGCUGCUUGCCUAGGACCACAAAAAUGGGAAUGAUAAAAAAACCUGGUAAACUGCAAUGCAUUGCUGCUGGAUUAAGUUUGGUUUAGUGUGUCAAAAUGGUUUUUAACCAUGCGUAGGUUUUUAAGCAACUGCACUGUAGGAACACUGGGUGUCUUUUUUUCUUAAUUGAGUGGUGCUUCAGUUGGUUUUGAGAGUGAUGGUUGUGCAAUUGCCUGUGCAUUGCCGCCAUAUAUGCCACCCCCAAAAGAACUUAACAACCAUCUGCUCCAUAUUUAUUCAAAUGGUGCCAGGUGACACAAAGUCCAUUUAGAACAGCUCGUCUUGUCUUGCCUUUUAUUUUAUUUUUCAUGAGCGGCUUAGGCCAAUUAUGUGAUGCCUGAGAGUGCUUUAACAGUGUUAUUAAACAGCAGGGAACUGCGAGGCUGCGCUGGUAAACAUCACUUAAUUCUUUCAGGAAGCUAUUCAAGCCUAGCAAAAAUAACUUUCCACUCCACUCUGCCUAAAUGCAGGCAUCGGUUUAGUUCUGCUCCAUGUAGCUCAACUUUCUCUUGGGUAUUGUCUAGGCUAUACAAGUGGGACCUGCAGCGAAAUGUUGCAGAGGUUAGUCCUCCUGGCCAGGAUUCCCAGCAGUCAGCCAUGCCCUUUUCUAGGUUACACCAUUUCACCACACCUGGUUUCCCAAUGUCCUCCCCCAGGAGAAACUGGUGAAGAUAUCUGUGGACCCUCCCCUGCCCAGAGAAACAAGACAGAGCUGCAAUGCCAUAGUAGCACCCUUCCCCUGCUCUUAGUUGUGUCCUUGAUUUCCUUUCCAGACAUGGGCAGUAGUAGAGGUCAAAGAAUCAUCUAUGCAUGCUUCUUUCCCCAGAAAGAAGAGGACAUUUUGAGAUUAGUGGCCUUCCUCUCAUUUACUCACAUCUCCAAUUAUAGGCGUGGGGAGGAGACUACUUGGGCCAGAUUUAGGCAAGGCAGGUUUGCUGCAAAAAUGGGCCUCCAGACAUCCUUUGUGCUCAUGAUGGCAUUUUGGGGGGGGGGCGUUAUAGGUGCUCCCACAUCCAACACUCUUUGUGCCCACAAAAGUUUUGGGUCAAUCAUACUGCUUCAUAAUCAGCUGGUGCAUGAGCCAUACCUUCCUUUCUGACACCCCAAUACUUUUUACAUCACAAACGUUCCCAUUUUAUUUUAUUGUUUUCACCCCACUUUUGUUGUACUGUAGCACUUGUGCCUUAAAGGCGUCCUGGCAACAUUCGUGAAUUAGGUUUGGUUCACACAGUGGCUGUAGAAGAUGCCAGCAUUCCUGUGGGGUUUUGUGCUGAAAGGAGUGGAGAUUUUAGUGCAGCAGCCGCAACGUGAACAUAAAGAACUUCAAAAGUGUGCAAAUGGAAGAAUGGUGGCAUAGCAGCAUAGCACAAGUUAUAUGUGCUUGGGGCAGACAGAGGGGACAUUGAGGAUGGCAUGAACAUGGACAGUUGAAUGAGUGGAGUUAGAAUGUGAAUGCAGUAUUGUAGGAACACUGGGGAAGCAUCAGAAGAUAACUGAUAUUGGUGUGUGGACAGUUCAUUGUAAAUCCACUUCUAACACACUGUUAAUGUAUCAACAACAUGUCGCUGUAUGUAUGCACAAUAAAACAGCAAUCUGAAUGGCUCCUUGGGGAAGACAUUGAUUCCUGCUAUUGCAAAAGUCCCAGAGGGCCUUUGGUUACCUUGUCAUUUUGCAGCUGUUCUAACAAUGCUUGAUAAUUACUUCUUCUUUUUUCCUUUAAUCUGGUGGAUGGGCGGACCAUGCCGUUCUUUUCCAUGCAUUUCCAGCCUACCUUUGUUUUCUGUUUGUGCCGCAGCUCCCCUCACAUCUUCCCCUUGCCAUGUCCAAGCCACUUCAUCUGAGCCUCUGUAAAAAUUAGAUUAAAGGUGGUUUUGUGAAGACGAGGAAGGUAAAUAAUCAAUUGUAAAGUAUUUUGCAUACUAUAAAAGCAUUACAUGAUAAAACAAACAAGGACUGGCUCUCUGAGAUGGAAGAGUAUUUUGGGGCCAAAAAACAGAGAGAGAGAGAGAGAGAGAGAGAUCUUGCAUCAUUCCUAAGGAGUCCUAAGACAAGUAAACUACAGACUAUUUUGUUUUCUUUGUACCAAAGCUCAGCAACACACUGAGAUAUUGUGAUGUAAUAUGGAUCUAACUUAGAGAACUUGGAGAGCUAAUACAGAUAUUUUUCUCCUGUUAAUUGUGCAUAUGAAUAAACUGUGUACAUGUCUUGGAUAGUGAAUUAAAACAUGGAUAGACAAACUAAGGCCUGUGGGCCGGAUCCGGCCCAAUCGCCUUCUAAAUCCAGCCCACAGACGGUCCGGGAUUCAGCAUGUUUUUACAUGAGUAGAAUGUGUCCUUUUAUUUAAAAUGAAUCUCUGGGUUAUUUGUGGGGCAUAGGAAUUCGUUCAUUUUCCUCCCUUCAAAAUAUAGUCCAGCCCCCCACAAGGUCUGAGAGACAGUGGACCGGCCCCCUGCUGAAAAAGUUUGCUGACCCCUGAAAACUGUAGAGAUCAGGUGAUUAUUUUCUGCAGAUUGCCUAGGCAUCAGUCUAUUGUUUCACAACUGUGCCGUAUAAUAGUUUAGAGGCAGAAAAUAAAUCUGAAUAAAUUUGUUCAUGUCCCCAAACACAGCACAAUCUCAUCUCGCAACGAGUUGCAAAUUACCAGUUUCAUCACAACGGUGUGUGAUAGAGUAUUUCAGUUUACAUUGGUAAUGCUCUGUUGAUUUGAUACAUAGGGAAAUUUGUGUGUUGUGUAUUUCAAGAACUCCAGCAGCCCCUGGUUACCAAUCUCAAUCAGCUGCUAAAACAUUCCAGUCUUAAAUUUAGCAGUAGGUUGGUAAGCGCCAACAAACAGGUACACCUUAGGAUGAAUGGAAUGUAAGUGACUAUUGUUAACAAAGAAUCUUGUAAUGGAAAUUGCUUAGCCUUGGUAUAUAAGACCCCACUAUUUAAAAUGCAAUUUUCCCAAAAUUACUGCAGAAUCAGUGGCAUUUUCUAAUGGCGGUGGAAGCAGAAUUUGAAGUGAGACAAGGUCCUGAGUUACCUUUUCUAUCUUGAAAUAUUCCCCCCCCCCAAAAAAAGGCAUGGAAUGAGGCCACCACUCUUGUAAAUAACCUGUUAGUGUCUCACCCAAAGGCAUUGAUGAAUUUAGAGGUUCCUUUCCCAUUUUUCACAAAAUGCCAUCCAUUUUUCAUUCUUACCUGGGCUCUAUAGGGAUUUCUCUGUAUGAUUUAUUUCACUGUGAAUCAAGUUAAGCAGUCUGUCGUACAGCAGGUCUUAUUUCAGAUUACAUCAUAUGUUGCCUGCUACGUGACACCAGAGCUAUUGCUCCUAAUCAGGACGAGGAGGAAAAGCAUGAAUGCUGUUGCGAUCCAUACUGAAGAGACCACCUUCUGUCUAAGCUACUGUGCAACUCCGCAGCUAAAAGUGGCCAGUUAAUGUUCCCAUGACCCAGAAUGCAGGCCAGCUGUUGCCAAACAAGCAAAGGCUCAUUUAAUGUCCCUGUAGUUAAAACACUAUGUGAUGCUGGGCAGACUGCUGGUAUAUGACAAUGGCAAAAGAAUGAGCUGUAUCUGAGGAGAUUUCAGUUCCAAUCUUACCACUGUUAUAAGAUCACUGGUUCACUUUUCUCUUGCCACUGAGCUCUUGGAACCUGUGUGUCCAAAUAAAUUACACAGUAGGCAGGAAAGAUCCUAGUUAUAUCUAACUAGGGUCGAGAUGCAAGGAGCCAUGCCUGCUCUUUGUUCUCAAAGAUGUCUCCUCUCCCAACAUGAAGAGGAAGAAAGAGGGGCAAAGUAGUGAAGACACCAACCCUGAAGAUAAACUUCGAGGACUGCCUCUCCCCAUAUAAACAGACCUGGAUCCUGAGAUCAUCCUCUGAGGAGCUUCUUCAUGUGCCUCCUCCAUGUGAGGUCCAGAGGAUGGCAACACGAGAACGGGACUUUUCUCCAGUGACCUCCCAUUUGUGGAAUCCCAUCUGAGGUUCAUCUGGUGCCUUCAUUAUAUAUCUUUAGGUGCCAGGCAAAAACAUUCCUCUUCAACCAGGUCUUUGGCUGAUUAAUAUUCUACGAGCAGGCUUUUCAAUGUGUUUGUGACAGGGAGUGGGUGUUAUUAUUUUGUUGUUUCUGUUUUAACUAUUUAUUUGUACUUCUAUCUUGUGUUUUUAUCUUGUGAACCUGUCCUGAGAUCUUUUGUGGGGUUUUUUAAGAAUAUUUUUUUAUUAACCGACCAAUCACAUCAAAUCAAACCAAAUUACAUAAAUUCCAAAUUACACAGCCGAAUUUUAAAUUUUUGUUGGGGGUACCCAUAUUUCAAGUUCCGAAGGGAUCCAAUCAACUUCUUGCUUCUUACUGCUGUUUUAAUGUCCACAAAUCUAACCUUAUGAUGUUCACAGUACUAUCCAGUCCUUUCUUAUUAUUUUUCCACAUCUCUUGUUGUUAUUUUCAUAUAUUUUUCCUUUCUCUUUGUGACCUCUGAUAGUCUCCGCAAGCUGGUUAGAACAGUUUGUAAUCCUGCAUGGAUAUUAUUUUUUUUAUCCAGUAGCCAUAUCCAGACGUUUUCCAUAUAGCAUCACUUCCAUACAUCAAAACAGUCUUAGCGUCAUUAAUCUUCACCAAUCUGCCUCCUUUCUCAAAACCUCUGAGGAGAUUCACUAGGAAUGCAGUCUGAAAACAAAUCCGUUCUUCCUCCCGGCUAUAAUUCCUUUGGCAAGAUGGCGACUCCGAAUUAAUUGCUGCACCAUUCCCAAAAGCUCUUAUUGCUUCUCGGUCUCCAUGAAGCAUACUUUUGGUUAAAGUUUAUCUCCACACAGACCUUAAUCAUCCUGCUUGGGUCAGUUCAACCGACGGUUCUAAUGAGGAGGGGUUCUUGUAAAUCACAUAGAAGGAAAGUAAAAAAGGUUUUCCCCUCCAUUCAGCCCCGUUGUCAACAUACCCCACCUUUGGUGUAUCUUCAUCGUAAAAUAUUCCUGUUUCUCCAGGCCGUCGUCUUCUUUCGCAGAGGUCACUCCCCUUCUUCACUUGAAAUAUGUGCAUUUGCUUCUUUUGUAAUUAUUCCAAAUUGCUGCAACUAGUGCGCGAUCAGAGACAGCGUCCAGGAGAGCUGAUGUCCACACGGGGGCAUUCUGCCUAGGGCCCUCACCCCCUUCUUUCGAGUUAGGGGGUGAUUUAUGGGCACAGCAGGCAAGGGCAGUGUUCCCCAUUUCCUUGGGGCAACAAGGGAGGCUGCCUACUCCCAUAACAGCCUCUUAAUUACCCCGUGUGGGUCGGAGAGAUGGUAUUGUCGGCCAUCUUCCAAUGCGCCCCCUAGUGGCCCCUGUCCUGAGAUCUUUUGUUGAUGGGCAGUACAUAAAUCUAAGAAAUAAAAGAUCAGUCCAGCACCUGAGGGAAGCUUAGCACAGGGCAGUUUUGGAGGUUUUUCUCUGUCUGCUUUCUCCCAUGAAGUCCAGCCUUUGAUACAAGCUGACUUGCAUCCCAACACUUCCAACACCAGCUGCAUCAACAACUCACUUUUCCUCCUGCAGCUUGUGCAGAUGGCUUUGUAGGUGCUUUUGUAAGGCUCUGUCUUCUCUUCAGUGAUCUGGCGGGUGGGGGCCAGACACAGAAGGAGCAAAGUUCAAGGCCCAGGAAUGGAGCAAGGAAACAAAAGUUUCUCCUUAUUCCGGUACUGGAAGGGUUGUACACCAAUACCACCCUAAAUGCCAUUGUUUAAUUCUUAUAUAGUGGUACCUCGGGUUAAGAACUUAAUUCGUUCCGGAGGUCCAUUCUUAACCUGAAACUGUUCUUAACCUGAGGUACCACUUUAGCUAAUGGGGCCUCCCACUGCCGCUGCGCCACCAUCGCACGAUUUCUGUUCUCAUCCUGAGGUAAAGUUCUUAACCCGAGGUACUACUUCCAGGUUAGCAGAAUCUGCAACCCGAAGUGUUUGUAACCCGAGGUGUUUGUAACCCAAGGUACCACUGAACUUAACAUUGGCUCUGUUGAAUGUAAAUGUGAAAGGAUCAGUUUCUGACAGUGAUAACAAUCCCCAGUGCUCAGAGCUGUGCAUCGUGCAAGAAUGGUGCUGACUGAACUAGCUCAUCCCUCUCUGGCUCUUGUAUUGCCAAUGGCGACAUUGAUUCCCACCAAGUAGAUGCCGAUUAUGUUGCAACACGCUGCUGGGUCACAACAAAGCUAUUGAGAAGCAACACCCCAGCUUCUUCCAAGAACUCAGCAGCAAUUAGAAUAUUUGCUUGUUUAAAUUGUUUUCAUGCUGUGAUACAUGAGAGCAGAAAAGAUCAAUAGAACUGCAUGAAGAACAGAGAAGAAGGGAUUGAUUCUGUUGCAAGCUGAUCUCUCUCUCUCUGCUUUUAUAUUCCUCUCAGUGGCAAAGAUAAAAAAAAUUCAGCACACACAAGAAAGUCUGUUUAUUACAUAUAAUCAUUCAAGUGGUUGGCAGGUGUUAAAACUAGAUUGCAAAACUGAUAACAGUUGGGAUUUUGGUCCUGUUGACUUGUAUUUGUCAAGUUUGUUUCCAGAGAACAAGACUCAGCCUGUAGCUCUUAUUUUCGUCAGGGUGUCACCUAAAGACUGCUGAAAUCCCUAGGUCAGGGGUGCCUAGGUUUCUGAUCCUUGGUCCUGCUUAGCUUGGUGACGGGAGUGUCCCAACCUUACCGAUUUGGGUAAAAGAUGGAAUUCAUCAGUUUCUUAAGUAGAUAAACCAUGCUUAAACAAGGUCAUUACUUCUGUGUCUCAUUGAUUUAAGAUUCUGCCUCAUUCUGACCACUGCAAGAACAACGUUUUGCCUCCUUCUCUCGUUCUCUGGUUCACCUGGCAGUUCUUGAGGAACACCCAUAACUCAAUAGUAGAGGAUAUGCAGAAGGGGAAGGGCAGGUGCUUUUCAUGAAAAAGGUCCCACAUUCAAUCUCCGGGAUCUCAAAGUAGGGUUAGGAGAGACCCCGGCUUGAAGCCCUGAGAGCUGCUGCCUGCUAGCUAGCUGGAUCGGUGGUCUGGUUCUGGAGAAGACAGCUUUCUAUGUUCCUUGGCCCCAUUUUCAGUCCCCAGAAACACUUAAUAUAAAAGUGUCUUGAAAAGUAGGGCUGAGAAGAGGCCCUUGGAGAGCCAAUGCCAUUCAAAUUAUGCAAUUCUGGGCUCCAUGGUCUGAUAGUACAAAGCUUCACGUACUUGCUUCACGUACUUGCAAGAUGUCUUCUGAUUGCCGUUGUGCUUUGUCCUGCAACUCUGCCUGCCCAGGACUUUUGCUAUCUAUUUUUCCAUUGUGCUGCCUGCUACCAGGGAUCUUUAUGGGGCUUUCUGCUGCCAGGAUCCUCGGGGGUCAAGGAUUGCCACGGGCUUGAUGCGUCCCUAAAGCUGAAGUGGAACAGCAGCCUUAAUGGAUGAGACUUGGGGACCAUUCAGGACCAUUUUGUCUUGAAUGGUAUUGUUUUGCUCCUUGAUGUCUCUUUUAGCUCUGCAUAAUGAGUGCUUCUAAAAGAAGAUGGGCAGCAGUGCAUCGCUGAUAAAACUGUUUACAAGCCUUCUGUGCAAUUAGUCUGUUAACCUUCGCUGUAGAAUUGCAAGCAGGUCCCAGAGAGAACGCUUUUGAAGGCAAGAACAUAAGCAGGAACAUAAACAGUUGUGGAGUUUGUCUUGCAGGAACACGUUUGGCUAUUUAAAAAAGAUCAUUGGAAAAAGCUGAGAUGGGAUUGAUUCUCAGUACCUCGGGUGGGGUGGGAGAUGCUCUUUCGAGGAAGCUCAUAAACAUACCAUUUGCCUCCAGAGUCCUCAGCAGUUUGGUAUGACUAGAUGCCUAUUUAUGUAGCACUUUUUAAACCUGCAAAGCACAUUGAAAGCUUUUUUAAUGUGUUCAGCCUCCCAUCAACUGUGUGAGGUAGGAAUAUUUAUUUCCACGUGAAAGAUAGGGAAUUGAAUCUACAAGAGCCUGUGAAUUGCUGAAGUCCGCACAGUCAGGCCAUCAGAGAAAUGUGGCUUGAUCCCUGCUCUUCACAUUCUCACUAUCACGGUCCAGUUCAUGGGCAGUCAAAGUCCCAGCUGGGGACGUCGGGACCGGGGGCAAGAUGGUGGGGUGGGAGCAGGAAUGGGAGUCCAGGGUGGGAGCAGGAAUGGGAGUUCGAGGGUCAGGAAACAAGGAGUCACGAAGUCAAAGGUCCGAGGAUCAAGAAGCGAGAGUCACGAAGUCAAGGGUCCAAGGAUCAAGAAGCAAGGAGUCACAAAGUCAAGGGCUUGAGGAUCGAGGAUCGAGGAUCAAGCAGCAAGAAGUCAAGGAGCCAAAUGCAGCCAGGCAGGAAACGUGUUGCUGUUGCAAAGAGCCGAAGGGAAAUGCUGACCUUAUAUCCCUUCCUUGCUCUUGCUACCAGGUGCUGUGAGUUACCAAUCGGCCUCACCUGUGUGGCCGCGCCUUGCCUCUUCAGAACAAACUUAGGAAGGCCCCAGUCCUGCAAAGUCCUAUUGGUCACAGGGCCUGGCUCCUGCAUGCACUCCUGACACUCACAUUCUUCUCUUGGCUACUGGAGCACCCUGCAAAGAGCCCAAAAUAGGAAAGCCUAAGGAGGAUUCAGCUUUGCUUGUUUUUCCUCUUUAGAAUUAGAGUGACACCGAUGAUUUCACAACUUAUAGAGUUGCUCUCUAUGCUUUGGCAACUAAGAAAAUCAGGGCAAAUAAUUUUGAUAAAUAACCCUUUAAUUAUAAAGGGAACUCAAGAGAUCUAAUUUGCACAAUCCAUAUAUGUCUCUCUUCUAUUUUACCUGUCCUUGCAAGAAAGGUUUCUCUUAGAUUUGGUUGUGGUUUUAUUGUCUGUUUAGUGUUUGUCAAUUUUAUUUAUUUAUUUAUGAUUUUCAGUUAUAUGAAUUUCAAUAGUUUUACAGUCAUUUUAACAUUUGCCGACAUCUACUUUUAACUAUGGAUCGCUAUGACGACUCUCAUUUUAGAAAAGAGGACGUGUCCUGAAAAAAGAGGACGUAUGGCAACCCAGAGACCUAUAAAUUCACGCAAAACCGUAAUGUGGAAUAUGCUGUGGUUUUCAUGCAGCAAGGGUGAGGGGUCUCAGGUCCAGGAGACAAUUGAGGUCCUUCAGACCUUUCUGCCUGGCCUUGGGGCUCUUCCCCAGACCACAUCCCUCACUAGCCAGGCAGUGGAUCGUACUCUUGAAUGCUUUUGCUUGGCUGGCAUUUGUCCUUGAACUCUGAUGAACUUUUGCUUGUGGGGGAUAGAGAGAAGUGUAUGCAUGUGUGUAGAAAUCAGUCCAGUGUGCAGAGGUAACAUUUCAAUUCAUUGUUCCACUGGCUUUUGAUUCUGGCACCACCCACCACUGGUAUUUGCCCUGUGCAGAGGGAUUGCCUUGAAGGGACUGUGGCUCUCGGGCUGCAAAAUGUUCCCCGCUCCACCCUGCUGUUUUAUUGUUUGCUUCAGUGUUUGACAGUGGAACAUGCUCCCUCAGAAGGUGGUGGACUCUCCUUCCUUGGAGGUUUUUAAGCAGAGGUUCAAUGGCCAUCUGUCAGGGAUGCUUUAGUUGAGAUUCCUGCUGGAUGACCCUUCCAACUUGGCAAUUCUGUGAUGCUGUGACUCUAUGACAGCUCAAAGCAUCUUUUCAAAACAGUGUCUCAUUUAUUCCCUGACCAGACUUGAAUCUUGUUUGACAGCAUUAUGCGCUCUCAAACCAUUUUCUGGGUGCCGGGUGCCACAAUCACAUAAACUGUCACCUGUUUAUUUCAGGCUUGGAACUCUUUCAUGUUGGAAGAAAUGACGUAUUUUGUGUGCUUUGAAGUCUGGUGCAAAAGUUCUAUUUUUUUGCCCUGUGUACUCUUGGUAAAAAAAUAGCAGUUGUGUAUACCUUUUCAAAGAGAUGCGGGUGGCGCUGCGAGUUAAACCACAGAGCCUAGGACUUGCUGAUCAGAAGGUCAGCAGUUCGAAUCCCCGCGACGGGGUGAGCUCCCGUUGCUCGGUCCCUGCUCCUGCCAACCUAGCAGUUCGAAAGAACAUCAAAGUGCAAGUAGAUAAAUAAGUACCGCUCCAGCGGGAAGGUAAACGGCGUUUCCAUGCACUGCUCUGGUUCGCCAGAAGUGGCUUAGUCAUGCUGGCCACAUGACCCGGAAGCUGUAUGCCAGCUCCCUCGGCCAAUAAAGCGAGAUGAGCUCCGCAACCCCAGAGUUGGUCACGACUGGACCUAAAGGUCAGGGGUCCCUUUACCUUUUAUACCUUUUCAAACUAUGGAUUUUGUUUUCCUACAUGGAGAAAUGCUUUCUGUGUUUGAAGUUGUGAAGCUUGGCUCCAGGAUAACCUGUAUUUGUUCAAUAAGCCUCACAGAAGGAAUAUUAUAUUUCCCAAAGUGUAUUUCUUCAACUAUCAAUACAGUCAUACCUUGGAUCCCGAACGCCUGGCUCCCAAACAAUCGAAACUCGGAAGUGAGUGUUCCAGUUUUUGAACAUUCUUUUGGAAACCAAACGCCUGAUGGGGCUUCCGUGGCUUCCGAUUGGCUGCAGGAGCUUCCUGCAGCCAAUCAGAAGCCACGCUUUGGUUUCCGAACAUUUUGGAAGUUGAACAGACUUCCAGAAUGGAUUCUGUUCGACUUUCAGGGUACGACUGUAGUUUAUUUGCAAAUAACACUUAAAAAAUGGUUUCUACUGAUGAAGAACAUUUAUUCUGUAUAGAACAUUCUCAGAUUAGGGGGGUUCUUAUGUGAACAAAGAAUUGGCAUCCAGAAUUCAUUCUUUGUGUUCCAUUAGAGUUCUGUAAACAUCAGGAACCCACUGAGUUUAAAAGAUCAGCUUUUCCAUGCAAGAGAAGUUAUUUUGCAUCCUAUGAAUGAAACUAAUUGGCUUAAUUAUGAAACAGUUGUGUUCAUUUUUUGGAUGACUUCUGUUAAAUGGCUCCCCACUGUAUACGUUAGGCGACUAAUCAUAAUCUAUUUGACGGAUCAAAACUUUACAAAAAGGGACAUUUAUUUCUGUUUCCAUACAUAACAUGCAUGACUCCACACAACUGUAGGAGGAAGUAUUAUAUUGUGAACGGCAAUUUCAUAAUGCUAAUUCGACUUUAAGACAUUUUCAGGAACAAAGCUCAACUUAAGUUGUUGUUUGUGGAGGCAGGAGUUAAACAUGAGCCUUCUGGUUAACAGCCGGACACACUUAACCCAUUGUGCCACCUGCCUGUCAGGAGCCAUUGACACUGAUGACUUUGUGUCAAUAACAAUAAUACAGAGCCCCUGCAGAAAUGAGGCAGUUGCAAGAUUCUUGACCAAGCAUGUCCCUCGCUUUGUGCUUUCUACUUGCUUCUAGCCAUGCACACAUAAUGAUCAUUGACUGAUGGAUGGAUUGCACCUAUAUCCCACCUUUCCUCCAAGGAGCUCUGAGUAGUGUACAUGGUUAUCCAUUUUAUCCUCACAACAGCCCUGUGAGGCAGGUUAGGCUGAGAGGCAGUGACUGGCCUAAGGUCACCCAGUGAGCUUCAGGGCUGGGUGGGGAUUUGAACCCUGGUCUCCCAGGUGCUAGUCCAACACUCGCAAGCACUACACCACACUGACUUUAAUCAUCAAAUUCAGAUUGCAAGUUCCACUGAGAAACAAGAAGGAGGUGUCAGCAUUCUCAGAGUCAAUCCUCAGCUUUGCAGAGUUUUGCUUCCCCCUACCAGCAAAAAACCCCUUAAAAACUUCCUAGCGGGGCAUAUUUGGUAGUCAUGGAAUAGUGGCAAUUGAAAACCAAAAAUGGGAAAUUAAUGGGGGUGGGAUAUGAUGUCCCUGGGGAAGGGGAACAGCGCUUUCCCUGCUUUGGGAAGGAGGUGGGAGGGCACAAGGACCCUGCCAGAGCCUUGCACCUCCUUCCCAAAGCCCAGUGCCAAAGGCUGGGGUGGGGGGCAUCAAAUUUUGGGCUUGCUGCUUGCCCCCAUGCAACAAGUCCUGUGGCUUCUGUGUCAAAGUACUCUUGUGGCCCAUUUUAUAUGAAAAGCUGGACCGCCCUGGUAGGUGGAUAACACCUAAAACCAGUGUGCCACUAAAAACAAACGAAUAACCAGUGCUGGGAGUAAAUGUCAAGUACUGAAUCCCCUGUGCAUAAACAAACAGAAGCCAGGUAAUUUCCUGUACAUGAUGGCAUUGAUCCCAUUAGGAAUGCUACAUGCUUGGCAUAUUUCUGCAUCAGUUUCAAUUUGCUUAAGGCGUGAUUUGUUGUGAAGAGUGCUCAGCUCUCAGUGGAAUGUUGAUUUAAAGGAGGAGGGGGAGAAGAAAGAAAGAAAGAAAGAAAGAAAGAAAUCAGCACAAAGAGUUUUUCCUGCAGCAGUGAUUCAACUUCUUUGAGUCACAAAUGUGCCCAGUUUUCAAGGGUGUGUCACGCACGGUCAAACUCUGCAUGCUGUCUCAUAGACACACAUGGCACAUAAUCCAGGGAAUGGGGAACCUGGCAGGGCCUUCUUGAUGUUGCUGAACUCCCAGCUUCCAUCAGCCCCAGCCAGCAUGCCCAGUGGUCAGGCAUGAGAGGAGUUGUAAGUCAGCAACACCUGAACCUCUGCACUCUGCGGGCGAAGGCUUCUUGCAGAUUCUAUCUUUUCAGGAGCUCCAUUACCCACAACGUAGGAAUCGGGCCUUUAGUGUGGUGGCACCUACAUUUCGGAUUUCCCUCCCCUUGAAUAUUAGGCGGUUGCACCCCUGAUGUCUUUUUGACACCCAGUGAAGACCUCCCUCUUUGGACAAGCCUUUUGAGUUCUCCCCCACUUCUGCAUCUGUACUGGAAUUGCUCUUAAGCGACUUUCAAUUUAUUUUAUGUAUUUAUAUUCCACCUUUUCUCCAGGGAGCUCAAGGCGGCUGACAUGCUUGUCCCCCAUUCCAUUUUACCCUCACAACCACCCUGCGAGGUAAGCUAGACUAGGAGAUGGCGGCCAGCCCAAAGUCACCCAGUGAGCUUUAUAGGAGAGUGAGGAUUUGAACCCUGGUCUCCUAGGUCCUAGCUCAGCACUCUUACCACUGCAACACACUGACUCUCUCUUUAUUUAUUAUUGUUUUAUCACUGGUUUGCCAUUUUGGGCUCCUUUCGUAGGACAUGGGUUGCGGGUAGCGCUGUGGUCUAAACCACUGAGCCUAUUGGGCUUGCCAAUCAAAAGGUUGGCAGUUUGAAUCCCCACGAUGGGGUGAGCUCCCAUUGCUGUGUCCCAGCUCCUGCCAACCUAGCAGUUUGAAAGCACGCCAGUGCAAGUAGAUAAAUAGGUACCGCUGCGGCGGGAAAGUAAACGGCGUUUCUGAGCGCUCUGGUCAGUGUUCUGUUGAGCCAGAAGCGGUUAAGUCAUGCUGGUCACAUGACCCAGAAUGCUGUCUGUGGACAAGCGCCGGCUCCCUCAGCCUGAAAGCAAGAUGAGCACCGCAACCCCACAGUCGCCUUUGACUGGACUUAACUGUCCAGGGGUCUUUUACCUUUAUUUAUUUAUUUAUUUAUUUACCUACCUACCUACCUACCUUUCGUAAGAAGGGAACAAUCUAAUACAGUGGUACCUCAGGUUAAGUACUUAAUUCAUUCUGGAGGUCCAUUCUUAACCUGAAACUGUUCUUAACCUGAGGUACCACUUUAGCUAAUGGGGCCUCCUGCUGCCGCUGCACCUCUGCUGCGCAAUUUCUGUUCUCAUCCUGAAGCAAAGUUCUUAACCUGAGGUACUAUUUCUGGGUUAGCGGAGUCUGUAACCUGAAGCGCCUGUAACCUGAAGCAUCUGUAACCUGAGGUACCACUGUAUCUGAGGGGCCACAGGUUCCCAAACCCUGACAUAGACAAUUUAGUGUGUACUUCAAUUUUGCAAUUUUGCAACCUACACGUCCCUUCAUCUGACUAGUGAGCAUGGUUUGGAUGUAGUUCAAAUGAUGUAUACUUUGCCAAAGGGGAGAAAACAAUCUUGGACUCAAGUCCUGUGAAGGCGAUGUGGGGAGGGCCUUUCAAGGAGAAUUUUUGAUCACAAUGGCCUUAAGGAAUAUGUACUUAGAAGUUCCAAUAUUCUUCCAAGAGCAACGGGCUAGUGCAGCAAUAUUUUGUAGCGCCGAUUUUACUAAUGAAAGUCAGGAGCCUCUAAUGAUUGUUCAAGGCAGGCAACCUCUGCGCUGCUGCUGCCCACUAGACAGGGACAAAGAAGACAGCAAUUACCUUAAUUUCAUCCCAGGCAUACAGUUCUAAAAGACCUCUGCAUCUGCUGCACGUUCCACCCAAUCUCUCCUGUAUAACAAGUAUGUGUCACCGUUGUGAGAGCACAGGCAUUGAUCUGCUCCUUAAUUGUACAUAUUCUGACUUCUGUUGCGAUGCUGUCAUAACCUGAACACCAACGGAGCCCAUUAAACAAGAAAAGAAAAAUGUCAAAAGAGCUAAUGUCUUCCAUGCAUCAAAGGCAGAAAACCGAGACAGAAACACAAUGAAGCUCUGAUAAACAAACGCAAGAUAAGGAAGCAGUUGUGAAAAUUCGAUAGAAAGACUGUAUUCAAAGCCCAGAAUAUAUCCUCUAUAUCAGUGGUGGGGGACAUGUGGGGGCUCCCCUAGACGUUGUGGACGGACUCCAUCUCCCAUCUCCCUGACUGUUGAGCAUGCUAGCAGGAGUAGAGACGAUGGGGACAUCUGGGGGGCUACAGGUUCCAUAUUUCAGCUAUAGAAGCAUAGAAUUAUACAGUGGUGCCUCGCAAGACGAAAUUAAUCCGUUCCGCGAGUCUCUUCGUCUUGCGGUUUUUUCGUCUUGCGAAGCACGGCUAUUAGCGGCUUAGCGGCUAUUAGCGGCUUAGCGGCUAUUAACGGCUUAGUGGCUUUAAGAAAAAGGAAACAAACUCGCAAGAACGUUUCAUCUUGCGAAGCAAGCCCAUAGGGAAAUUCGUCUUGCGGAACGACUCAAAAAACGGAAAACUCUUUCGUCUUGCACGUUUUGCGUCUUGCGAGGCAUUCGUCUUGCGAGGCACCACUGUAGAGGUGGAAGUGACCCCAAGGUUCAUCUAGUCCAGCCACCCUGUAAUGAUUGAUUGCAUUUUUACUUGUCUUUUCUACAUGAUUUUGCUUCUAAGAUUUAGAAUUGGAGGAUGCUGGGAUAGAUGUGGGGGAUGGGAGGGAAAGAGCAAAGGAAGGCAUGGAGGGCAAAGAAGAACAGCAGUCAAAGAAACACUUCGGGGCAGCACAGCCAAGAUUCUAAAAUUGCCAAGUUCUGUACUGAUGCCACGUUCCAUGACAGAACAGCAGACCCGUGGCUAUGUAAAAUGCACGCCGCCUUGGGAAUCCUAUAGAAGAUUACUAUUUGGGGGAACCUAAAUUGACUUUUGGAGCUUCUGCAUUCUUCUUAUUUCGUAAUUGGCCAAAGUUUUUACCAUCUGCUUCCAGUGAGUAGUACCCAGUGUCUACCUGGUCUCCAGAGUAAUUGGAGUACUUAGGUCACAAGUCUACUAACCAAGAUGUUUGACAUAGCCCAUCUACAGUGACUCAGCAAAGUAAACUACUAGGGACAAUUCUUCCCAGAGAAUAGUAUGGACUAUAUAUCGGCUGGGGACGCGGGUGGCGCUGUGGGUAAAACCUCAGUGCCUAGGACUUGCCGAUCUUAUGGUUGGCGGUUCGAAUCCCCGCGGCGGGGUGAGCUCCCAUCUUUCGGUCCCAGCUCCUGCCCACCUAGCAGUUCGAAAGCACCCCUAAGUGCAAGUAGAUAAAUAGGUACCGCUUUAUAGCGGGAAGGUAAACGGCGUUUCCAUGUGCUGCGCUGGUGCUGGCUCGCCAGAGCAGCUUCGUCAUGCUGGCCACGUGACCUGGAAGUGUCUCCGGACAGCGCUGGCUCACGGCCUCUUAAGUGAGAUGAGCGCACAACCCUAGAGUCGGACACGACUGGCCCGUACGGGCAGAGGUACCUUUACCUUUACUAUAUAUCGGCUAUUGUUAUUUAAAUUAUGAGGGCACCCUUUUAAUUAAAAGGUUUUCUUUCCACUCCUCUGAAACAUUCUUGUCAUAAUAAUAAUAAUAAUAAUAAUAAUAAUAAUAAUAAUAAUAAUAAUUUAUUAUUUAUACCCCGCCCAUCUGGCUGGGCCUCCCCAGCCACUCUGGGCGGCUUCCAUAGAAACCAAAAAUACCACACGUUAAAAACUUCUCUGAACAGGGCUGCCUUAAGAUGUCUUCUGAAUGUCAGGUAGUUGUUUAUCGCUUUGACAUCUGCUGGAAGGGCGUUCCACAGGGCGGGCGCCACUACCGAGAAGGCCCUCUGCCUGGUUCCCUGUAGCUUUGCUUCUCACAAUGAGGGAACCGCCAGAAGGCCCUCGGCGCUGGACCUCAGCGUCCGGGCAGAACGAUGGGGGUGGAGACGCUCCUUCAGGUAUACUGGACCGAGGCCGUUUAGGGCUUUAAAGGUCAGCACCAACACUUUGAAUUGUGCUCAGAAACGUACUGGGAGCCAAUGUAGGUCUUUCAAGACCGGUGUUAUAUGGUCUCGGCGCCGCCCCAGUCACCAGUCCAGCUGCCAGACUCUGGAUUAGCUGUGCUUCGAGUCACCUUCAAAGGUAGCCCCAUCGUAGAGGCAAUUGCAGUAGUCCAAGCGGGAGAUAACCAGGAAAGCAUGCACCACUUGGCGAGACAGUCCGCAGGCUGAUAGGGUCUCAGCCUACUAACCAGAUGGAGCUGAUAAACAGCUGCCCUGGACAGAUUUGACCUGUGCCUCCAUGGACAGCUGUGAGUCCAAUGAUCGCUGGGCGUGACCUGGUCCUUCAGGGCACAGUUACCCCAUUCAGGACCAGGGAACUUCCACACUCAGCCUCCUGUCCCCCAAAAACAGCAAUUCUGUCUUGUCAGGAUACAACCUCAAUCUGUUAGCCGCCAUCCAUCCUCCAACCGCUCCAGACACUCACAUUGUGACCUUCCACCGCCACUGGUUCUGGAUUUAAAGAGAGGUAGAGCUGCAUCAUCCAGAUACUGGAUGAACACCCAGCCCAAACCUCCUGAUGAUCUCUCCCAUGGCUGCAUGUAACACAAAGCAUGGGGAGAGGACAGAACCCUGAGGCACCCCACAAGUGAGAGCCCAGGGGUCUGAACACCAUCCCCACCACCACUUUCUGAACAGGCCCAGGAGGAAAGGAGGGAACCACUGUGGCCCCCAGCCCCAGCCCCUCAAGACGGUCCAGAAGGAUGUUAUGGCCGAUGGUAUCAAAUCUCGGCUGGAGAUCCAGCAGAACAGGAAACAGCUCUCACCUGUCCCUAGCCCGCUGGAGAUCAUCAACCAGUGCGACCUAGGCAGUUCUUGGUCCCAUGAUGAGGCCUGAAUCCCGACUGAGGAUCCAAAUGGUCCGCUUCUUCCAGGCGUGCCUGGAGUUGUUAGCAACCGCUCGCUCAAUCACCUUGUCAAGAAUGCAAGAUUUGAGACUGGGCGAAGAAGCCACAUCGUGGGCCGUGACAAAGAUGGUUUUUGCCAGCGGCCUAAUAACCGCCUUCAGCGGGUCUGGGCUCCCCACGGAGGGAAGCAUUCACCACCCCACGGCCCAUUGCCCAGUCCUCCCGGCUAGCUUUAUAAGCCAGGGAUGGGCAAGGAUCCAGGAGACAGGGGUGGUUACCUUCACUCAUCCAAGCAGCCUGCCCACAUCCUCGGAGGUAACAGAUUGGAAUUGAUCCCACCAACUUGACUAGACAAAAACUCUAGCAAGUACUCUCCGCCCUGGCCCUGCUCCCACGGAGCCCACUCUUCCCGAAUCUGGAGCGAUUUUAUCUGGGUGUAAAAAAUCCAGAAAAUCAUUGCAGGAGAACAUGUGGCCCGUACUGGGCCCGAUGUUGCAGGUGGUUCCACUAAAUUGUAACCACCUGAAAGUCUCUGCUGCUGUUUUCUGCAGAUGCAAUAGAGGCGGUGAAGAAAUUCUUAUUCGUCGCUAUCGCCACUCUGGUAGGCUCCGACUGAGCUCCUAACCUGUGUCCGGUCAGAUGCGGAAUGAGCACCGCCACCGGGCGCUCUAGCCGCCUCUUAACAAUUGUUUCAUUGUUCUCAGAUCCGUGGAAAACCACACAAUCUCGGGCCCUAAGUGCAAUCGGAGAGGGCGCUUCGGAGCCAAACAGUCAAUAGCCCUGGUUAACUCCACAUUCCAGCGGGCCACCAGGGAAUCAGCUGAAAGGCCAUCAAAGAAGAAUACCUUUUGUACUUAGUCAAAACACAUCAAGGCAAACCAUUCAUGUGCUCUAAAGAUAAUACCCGCAUUUGGACAAGGAAGCUUUGGGCUUGAAGAAGAUCAGAAGUUUUUGUUUCUGAUUUCAGUUAAGCACUGUUGAGUGUUAUUUCCAAACCCUAAAUUGUGCUUAAUCUUAACUGUAGUGUGUUUGAAACAGGCCAGCUUCAUUAUCCAUGGUUUGAAGCUGGCUUGUUUCAAAACCACAGUUAAGAUUAGCCACAGUUUGUUGGGUUUUGAUGACAUGACAAACUGUGGUUAAUUAGAAACAGAAGCAAAAGCUUCCAAACUCCUUUUCAUGGCUGUGCUAGUAGAAGGGAGGGAGGAGGGGCUUGUCUAAGCUUGUGUACAUCAUGAUAAACCAUGACAUCUGAACACAGGCAUGGAGGACGACUUAUUGCAGCUUGUAAACUGACCAGCAUGCUAUUUACUGGGUUCCCGGAUAAGUGUGGGAUUCCUGCUAAGUAAAAGUCGCUUUGUAAGUUUUUCAGUGGUACCUGCUGUGAAUUGUGUUACAAAAGAGAAUUUCUCCUUUCCACUCAGAAGCUGAACUAAAAUGCAAUUGCUGUUUAGCUGUAAAAAUCAAUCAAUGUCUUGCUGGGGAACCAUUCAUGGGUCCUUUCAUCCUUGGAGCUUCCCCCACUUGCCAUUGCUUCAUAUUACAAUUGCUGGUAAUUGAAGGUCUGACUAUAAAGUGAUACAGAAGCUUCCAGUGAGGAUCUUACCACUGUUAAAUAAUAAAAUAAGCCAUUGAAAUGACUUACUGGCUGAUAAUGGAAGGAAAUCACUAUUCAGUUCGUUGUGAUUUAUGAAGGCAAACAUCUCCUGAAACUUUUGCCAAAAAGCAAGAAGGAAAAACUUGCUUUUAUGCUACCUGAUUACUAAGACUUUGAAUGGCACAGACUGAUUUUAUUCCUGCUUCUGCGUCCCCGUGCUAGAACUUACUCUGUGCUAGCGAAUGGAAGAGAGAUGGAGAGCAGAGAGGGAAGUCGCUUAAAUUCAUAAUCCUCAUUUCAUCAGGGCACCUGGUCCUUGUAUAACUGAAGUCCAGUUUGGCUACGAUGCUGGUUGCAUGCACUGCUACCAGAAUCCCUUACCUGUGUAAGAGCUCUAGGCCACAGGUGUCAUGCUUUUAAAAAGUCCUACUGUCCUGGCCCUCACCAGAUGAAGAACUCAAACUCUCAAUUCUGUUUCUGCCCAAGACUUUAAUGAGUAAAUCAGAUCGGUAUGUAGGAAAGAAACUAGUUGCAAGGUGUAGCAGGUACAAGAAAGGCAUGGUUGCAUGGUGAAGAUGUGAAGAGAUUGCCCCUUCCUUCCUUCCUUCCACCUCCUUUUAGAAGAGUAGGGCUGGCUCAACAGCUGGAGUGUUGGGACUGGGCAAGCAAAUGGGCCCUUCUUUACUCAUAGGGUUGUGCCUAUGGGGUUUGUGAUCGAGGGAGUCAGGAGUUGGAUUCAGGGAAGGGACCAAGUGGGUUGGCUGGCAGAGAGGUGUUUGGCCCAUGUUAGCAGGCACUCCUAAGUCAGGAACCUCCUAGAGUACAGUUGCUGCCACUACUGGCUGUCAACUGGGAGUAAGCCAGAUACUGUGCUGGUACUGACGCCACCUCCAUAGGCUAGGACACAGAGGCACCAGAGGCUAGUGCUAAGAAACCCCAUCUACUAUGACUUCAAGUCCAUGUGGCUGGGCUGAAGUGGCAACAGUGAGCUGUCUGAGUUUAAUUCUGUUUUGGAUAUUACUGUAUUUUUUUAUGAGACAGUGCAGUGAGAGAGAUACUGUAAAUGCCAGGCAUGAAUCAUCAGCAUAGGCAGGGCCGGAUUCCGGUUUGAUGAGGCCCUAAGCUACUGAAGGUAAUGGGGCCCUUUAUAUGUCCAGCUGUCCUUUGUCAACAACCAAUUGUCGCUGUUUUUCGUGUUGAAUAUAUGCUAUAUGGUAAUUUAUGGACCUAAUAGGUAUCUAAAGCUAUCUGAACGUAACAAAAUAUGUAUUUUAUCAAAGUAAUUGUUGAACUGAAAUACAAUUAAGAAGAAGUAUAUUAAUGGUGGAAUACAAUUAAGAAGAAGUAUAUUAAUAAUGAAAUAAUUAUUAAGCUCUAACUUAAAAUGAUUUUUAUUCAUAACAAACUUAAUAGUGCAAACACAUUGGCAUUUGACAAUAACGAAAGUUUUAUUUUAUUUGUUUUUAUCUUCUGUUUUGGAAAUGUACAUCCAGGGGUUUUUUUCUUUAAAUUUUCUGGGGCCCCCCAAGAGAGUGGGGCCCUAAGCUAUAGCUUGUUUAGCUUAAAUGUAAAUCUGGCACUGAGCACAGGUGAUCAAAUCAGAAUUAGCUGCUUCAGCAACUCUGUUUUACCCUCAGAAAAAGAAGAAUGUCCAGAUCGUCUGGAUUUGUUUGUGUCCUGUCCCAAAGAGAUUAUCUUAAUUGGAAAUGCCACCAAAGGAAACCGAAGGUGGCAUUGACCUGAAAGUGAAGAAUUGCAUACAGAACAGAAGCAGCCCUAAAUCGUAUUGCAGAGGUGGACAGAUCACAAACUACAAGGCACUACAGAAACCUGAGAAUUCAAAAAUUCCAUUUUAAAAUUAGGUUUCUAGCCUUCAUGAUUGCAGGAAAUAAGCUUAAAACACAAUAAACUUAACACACAAGUCCACCAAACAGAAAACCUUCAGAUAUAUUGUUUUCAGCUCUUGUGAUUUCUAAGCUGAACUCUUGAUUUAAGAAGGUUGACUUCCAAAUCUCAACAUUCUAAAGCCAGCCGUAGUUAAACUCCAUGACUACGAUAUUCACAUAUUCAAGAAUAGCUGGGACAGCGUGAGGAAUUGUAGUUUUCAAAAUCCUAAUGGGGAGUUCACUUACUUCCUGCAGCAGCCUUUAUGUGCUGCUUUGAAGUUUAUUCUUGAUUGCCUAGAAGAGCAGGUCAUGAUGCACCAGACCACAAGACGCACCUAGUUUUUGGAGGAGGAAAACAAGAAAAAAAAUAUUCUGAAUCUCAGAAGCCAGAACAGCAAGAGGUAUCGCUGCACAGCGAAAGCAGUGAUCCCUCUUGCUGUUCUGGCUUCUGGGAUAGCUGCGCAUCCUGCAUUCGCUCCAUAAGACGCACACACAUUUCCCCUUACUUUUUAGGAGGGAAAAAGUGAGUCUUAUAGAGCAAAAAAUACGGUAUAUUCUUUCUCGGCACUUUGAACUGCUGCCAUUAAGCAAGACCCUUUUGAAUGGGUUUUUUAAAAUAAUAAUAAUAAUAGCAUUUGGGGGCAAAAGAAGUACGCGUACCAGCAGGCUCCAUAAGGCUCCUUUCAAAUGUUUGUUGUUGUUUGAAAGAGGCUAUGCACUUCUUCUGCAUUUUGCUCCCACUUGCAGGAAUCUGGCAUCAGAAACAUUAUAUUCAAUCCCCAGAUAAUGAAGGGUUACUGUUGCUGAGAAAGUGGGGUGCAAAUAGCCUUGUCAUUGUACAGCAGCUCAUCAUUGCUUCUUAAAAGAAAAUUGAUGGCAUACUCUAGUGAGGAAGGACACAGGCUGGAAAGAAAUAACCACUCCUGUAUAUAAUUGCAAUCCCAGUUCUCUGAAUGCUUGUCCAAAAUAAUAAUGAUAAUAAUAAUAAUAAUAAUAAUAAUAAUAAUUUAUUUAUAUCCCGCCCUCCUCAGCCGAAGCUGGGCUCAGAGCGGCUAGAAAUUGGCACUACAUCUGCAAAAGAGGGGUGUAUCAGCCAGCUUGUGGCAACCAAGGGUUUUGAAAAUGUACCCCCCCAAAAAAGAAAACCCUUUAGAAAAAACACCUGGGGGGACGGGGAUCUCAACACUUCCAAGACUGGUGGCCACUGAUGGUUGGCUCAUUUUUGGGGCAGGGAGGUAGGAAACCAGAUGGGAUAGGAAAUGAUAAUGGAAUAUCCUGAACAGCAACAUGACACGCUGCAACAUUUUGUUGCCAAUGCCACUGGUUCCCUCUAUUUCCCUCUAUUUGUUCAGACUGUGAGCGCCAUUGCCUAUGUGGCCAGAAUAGAACUGCUCCGUGUUCAAGAGAGAGGUAUCGACAGCCCUUCCCGCCACCAGGGUUUGCAGAAGGACAAAAACAAUUUGUGGGGGCUGAGAAACCAUAUGGGAGGGAACCAGAAAGCAGCUGAACAAGGACUGAGCAUCCUCAGUGGCCAGGGAAUGCAGGCUGAUGGGUAUAAAUGGAUAGAAAAUGGAAGGGGGGUGGAGGGAGAGAUGGAAUGGAGUGAACGGAAUCUCAAACAGCUUCAUUCCACAGUGCAGCCCUUUCCGUCACAUGUACUUUUUAAAUGAAAGGACCUUCACAUGGAUGGAUAUUGUCAAAGGUGGACCAACAAUAGCCUUUUACUGUAUUUUCCUAAUGCUUGGACUGCAGGCUCCCAUGCACAGCCCAGAAUCCUCUAUAUUCUCCAGUGGUGGAUCAGAGCCAUACUUGGACAUGUGUAAUUUGGUGUGUGCAAAAAAAAGAGAGAGGCUUGUUUGAAACUUAAAAUACUUACGUUUGGAAUCACUAACUCUUGUCGAAACAUUAGGUUUUCAAAUGCUACCAGCACGGCAACAUUACAUGCCAUAAAAAGCUGGUACUUGGGGAACAAGUUGGCUGUGUUGCCUGUGAUCCUGGCAUCCCUAAAACUGUCUAAAGUUUUGUUGUGGUUGAGUCUCUCCCAAGAGUUUCAGAAACUUGGCUCUGGAAUCCUUACCAACUGGCAGACACUGAAAGUAGCUGAACUUCCUGACUUUGGGCAGCUGAGUUUUUUUUCUGCUCGUUAGCAUCAUGAAGCUGGUAGCCUCAGGCCCUUGUUGCAAUGUAGGUAUGUGAUUCAAAUUCCCUUCAUUAGGUAGGAUUCAAUUCUUUCAAACCCCCCACCCCCCAAAAAAAAAGUUUGUUGGCCUCAGGCAAGCCUGUCAGUCAUUCUGCCAUAGCUUAGAGGAUGUAAGUGCAAUAUUUUGCAAAGGGCUGAAAAGGAUUGCAAGGCAAAUAUCAUUCAGGAAGUCAGCAUCUAUUGCAGUGUCUCAAAACCCAUCAGAAUUCAUUUAUGUCCUCUUGUGUGUGACCUCACCAUUUAAGGGCCUUUAGUGGAGGAUGAACAUGCACAGAGAGACAGACCGACGAAUGCCACAGGAUGAAUAAAUAGUACAUAUCUGGGUUCAGUGUAGAAGGGGGUAAUUGUAUUAUGUGCAAAUACACUUAAAGGCACCAUGGCUUAUUUAAUUUUUAAAGAAAAACAGCCUUGGCGAGGGCAGUUUUUAGAAGAGAAGUUGCCAGUGGGGGCAGGUACUUAGCCACUUAAUCGUUUUUCUCUUGUUGCCCUUUCUCCAUUCCAGAUUCCUUGCAUCCCAAAGUUUUCUGUGCUACAUUUUGAACCAAGGGUGGUUGGGGAGGCAAUUUUGAACAAAGAAAACGUGAUAAGCGCCUUCUUCCCUGCACUGCUUCUUUGCUCAAAAUUGUCCCCUCCCGAAGCUGUUUUUCUUUCCAAAAGGAUGGCAUUGAUUCUCUGUUAAAUGUAUUUAAAUCUUGUAAGUUUUGUUACACUCAAGCUGUGUCAAUUGCCAUUUCAAAUGAAUAAUCCAGACUGGCCAAAGUGGGGUGAUCACCAGUUCUUAUUUUUCUGGGAGGACUCAGGGGUACGCAUAUCCCUAAACAUUUUGUGAAUCUAAGUUUGGCCUCAUUGAGGGGCAGUACUUAAAUAUGAGUAGGAAGAAGAAGAAGAAGAAGAAGAAGAAGAAGAAGAAGAAGAAGAGGAGUUUGGAUUUGAUAUCCCGCCUUUCACUCUCCUUCAGGAGUCUCAAAGCGGCUAACAUUCUCCUUUCCCUUCCUCCCCCACAACAAACACUCUGUGAGGUGAGUGGGGCUGAGAGACUUCAGAGAAGUGUGACUGGCCCAAGGUCACCCAGCAGCUGCAUGUGGAGGAGCGGAGACGCGAACCAGGUUCCCCAGAUUACGAGUCUACCGCUCUUAACCACUACACCACACUGGCUCUCGAGUAGGAAAAUGAGAGUACCCCUAAACAUUUUUAAAAGAAAAAAAGCACUGGUGAUCACCACACAUUAUCAGGUGUCUUGACAAACAAGGGGCAAGCCACACUCUCAAAUUUCUGUUGUAGACAUCCUCUGUCUGUGAUGCAUGUGUGAUGUUUAGGGGUUGUCUUUAGCCAAAGGGCUGGGCAAUUUCUAAAAUCUUUAAAAGUUCUUGCACGCCUUUAUUCUGGGUCAUCACCUCCUUGGAAGGGUGGGGGGGAGGUAACUGUUGCAACAGGAAAAUAAUGAUCUUCAUUGCUUUCCUUCUAAUGGUUCCUGCCUCCAUCCAUUCUUCUCUGACUGAUCAUGGACUUAAGGGACUUCUUGGGGAGUUGGGCCACAAAAGCAAACUCCAAUUUUUUCUACAACAAAUCUAAAGCCAGCAAUCCUGUAUCUGUUUAUUUUCUAAUUCAUUUUUGUAGUAUUUUAAGUAAGAAAAACCUGAGGGGGGAGGAUAGUGAAAGCACUUGGUUUUAUCAAAGCGAUGGUUGGUUUGCAUGUGUCUGUUGUCCGAAAGCCCAUGCCAAACUAGCAUACAAAGUAAAUGGCAUAAUUUACUACAAGGAAAACGUGGGACUUAUUCAAUUACUGUUUAUGCCACGUAGCCUAUCUAGAGUGAUCAUCUACAAUGCCUAUGGGUGCAGUCAAACUGACAUGACCAGAAUGAGACAAAAACCUUGAGAGAGCAUUUAUGGAUUUCUUCCUAUACAAACAACUAGAAACACUUCCCAGCCCUCUCUGCCUUAUUUCCCACUGUGGCAUUGAAGAAACAACAAACCAUCACCUGAGCUCUGUGCCUUAAUGUGCAAAUUUGUCCUUUGAAGGAGCAAUGAAAGGCCUGUGAAGCCAGUCAUCUGUCCCCUCACAUACUUUUGGGUGCCUUCAAAUUCUUUAUUUUAUUUUGCACUUGAAGACGAAGAAGAAAGAAGAAGAAGAAGAAGAAGAAGAAGAAGAAGAAGAAGAAGAAGAAGAAGGGCUCCAAGGUGCAUUUCAUUGUGUCAGCUUAGUUGUGUCAAGGUCAAUGAGAUGAUAAAAGCACGUUUCAAAAGUUAGCCUUUGGACCUUACAGAACUGGCUCUUCUGAGAAGAGGGAGCAGGGAUACUGGCUUCUUCUUUCAACCUCCCUGCAGGGCAGAGUCUCAUUGGAGUUUGGGGAGAGCUGUGGGCAGCCAAGGGGGGAGGCAACAGAGGAGGCAACAGGGAACAAGCAGAGCCUCAACGAGAGGGUACAGUGUUGUCAUCUAGAAGCAGGCACUGCCUCCACAGAUGGGAGCCAAAGCACCACCACCACCUCAGAGGAGCACACGGUUGUAAUUACACUAUUCCUACAAAGCGAGCAAGUCUCACGAGUGAAGCAUCUUCUCUUUAGAAACUGGGUGUGGAAACUGUUGGGACAUCUUGGUUACUUCCACCCAGACCUGAACACCUUGUAUGCUUUCUGAACUCUUGAAUCGUGACUCCUGAACUCCAUGUCUGCUGCUAAGUCUGUAGCACUACUUUCCUGAAUAAAUAUCUCUUUCUUCAUUACAAGUAAGUUCCUUUGUCUGUGUGUGUUGAGCAUGAGGCAGGAGAGUUGGAGGAGUAUCCAUGUGAUGGACCACCAACUUCUCAGCAGACGGCCUUGUUUACACUUAGUAAUUGUGCAAUCCUACUCCGUCUAUUCUUUGCUGCCAAAGAGGCUUACUUCCAGGUGCAUAGAGGACUGUAGCCUGCAUCCGCCAAUGGUAUUUCCCCAUGUGCCUUAACUGUGUUUAAAUUCAGAUCUCAUUGUUAGAAUACUGGGAGAUAGCAGAAGCGGUAAGAAAUUAGCAAGUCUAAAUAGAUAUCUGAGUACAGCCAGAGGCUAUAUCCUCCUAUAUACAUAAAAAUGUAAGGCUGUUAUCACACAGCCCCCCCCCCCGCCCCUGGAGGCAAACCUGUGCAGAGUGCCCUGGGCCUCAGAGGCACACUUAGGGAUCCGCAGAGUCUUCGCAGCUUGCGUAACAGACCUCAGCAACUCAGCAUUUGGGCUAAUCUACUUUAUUUACAUUAUAAACACACACGGAGCACUGCAACAUGGCUCCCUCUCUCUCUAGCAUCAGACAGCAAAGAGAAAAAAUCAAAGGACAAUAGUCCCACUUCACAAAGCACAGCAACACAAACAUCCUGUCUCCGUCACUUCCCACUCUGUGGAGUCAAAAUAUACACCGUCAUGUGAAAGACAACAAUCCCAUGACUGCAAUCACAGAGCAGGAAUACUAACAGUGAUGGACCACCAACCUCUCAGCAGACGGCCUUGUUUACGCUUAGUAAUUCUACAAUCCUACUCAUGUCUAUUCUUUGCUGCCAAAGAGGCUUACUUCCAGGUACGUGCAUAGAGAACUGUAGCUUGCAUCAGCCAAUGGUCUUUCCCCAUGUGCCUUAACUGUGUUUAAAUUCAGAUCUCAUUGUUAGAAUACUGGGAGAUAGCAGAAGCGGUAAGAAAUUAACAAGUCUAAAUAGAUAUCAGAGUACAGCAAGAGGCUAUAUCUUCCUAUAUACAUAAAAAUGUAAGGCUGUUAUCACACAGCCCCCUGCCCCUGGAGGCAAACAUGUGCAGAGGGCCCCGGGCCUCUGAGGACUAAGCAAGCCAGGGAUACCUGCUAGGGACCAGCUGUUUUUUUUCUUUGAAACAAGCUCUGCAUGGGUCUGCCUGGAGGAUUUGUAGUGCCUCAUCACAAUCCUGGAUUUAUGCAUGAAGUUUGUGGGGUGGGGUGGGGAGAGCAAAAGAGAAGGCAGCUUUUAAAAUGGCGGCUUCACCCAGCUAAAGAGGAUUGGCAAUUUAAGUUGACAGAAUAUGCACAACUUGCAGAUUUCGCAUAUAGAAUAAGAGAGCAAGAAGAACAUACAUUUAAAGAUGAUUGGAAAGCAUUUAUUAGUAUAUGGAAAAUAACUGUGCAGCUGAAAGUGCUGACAGCAUUAAGGUAAAUUCAACAGAGCAAAUAAUUCUUGACGGAUGCAAUAGUGGAAAACCGAUUGGAAUGGUUAUUGUAAAAUAUGCAGGGAUGUAAGAUAUGCAAAAUGAACCAUGGAAAUAGAAGAAGAGAAGUCACUGGAUAUUUUAAAGUAUGUAAAAUGUUUAUUUGAAAUUGUAAAACAGAAAAUUUAAUAAAAAUUAUAAAAAAUAAUAUAAAAUGGCGGUUUUAAACAACAACAGAGGUUUGGAUAAAGGAAGAUGAAAGCGAAAAGGUGGGGCCAUUUUAAACAAUGGCAGAGUUGUGAGUAGAUUGAGCAUGGGGUGACACUGAGAAGGUGUGAGUGACAGCUUGAAACAAAGUUUGAGUACCGUGAGAAGUGAGCUGGGAAAAACUUCAAAUAUCCCAUAGUACCUUCCCACAAUCAUGCAUUUCACUCCUGGUACCAUGUGUUGCCUUCAUCAUGACGUUCUAGGUUCUAUGUCGUAUUUUAGAAGUGAUGCUUUGUUAAGGAGCAAACACGUGUGUACGUAUAGCAUCCUCCACCAGCUGAACCAAACCUUCUCUAACUGGGCAAGCUACACCUGACAGGUUCACUCUUAAGGGAUUCGCAGUCACCUUACAGAUACAGGAGGGUAUAUCAACAUGGGGUGUGUGUGUGUGUGUGUGUGUGUGUGUGUGCAAAGGGGACUGCAGAAUAGGAGAGAGGAUCAGGCAUGGAAAUAAGGGUGGUCUCUGUGCAAGGGAGAGUUGAGAAAAGUGAGGAGGUGGGUGGAGGGGGGCAGGGGUGCCUGGGGGCCAGAAGGAUGGGAGUUGGGUUGAAGAUGAAAGCAGGGGCAUGGGGAGAAUCUGGUGAAGAGGAGGGGAUGCCAGCUACAUAGCUGAAUCGAAGGUGACAAGGGUGCUUAGUAGUUGUGAGAGGAGGAAGAUGCAGGAAGUUACCAUGGGGACAAUUUGUGUGCAAGGUCGGGGUGUUGCACAAAAGGAGGGGGAGAAGCAUGCCGGAUUUACGUAUAAGCUAAACAAGCUGUAGCUUGGGGCAACACUCUCUUGGGGGCCCCAAAAAAAUUUUCAAGGAAAAAACUGGAUGUACAUUUCCAAAAUAUAAGAUAAAAAACAAAUAAAAUAAAACCUACAUACAGCAGCAGUGGCAAAUGGCUUUAGAUACCUAUUAGGUCCAUAAAUUACCAUAUAGCAUACAUUCAACAUGAAAAACGGCGACGAUUGGUUGUUGACAAAGGACAGCUGGACAUAUAAAGGGCCCCAUUACCUUCAGCAGCUUAGGGCCUCAUCAGACCUGAAUCUGGCCCUGGACGUGGGCAUAGGGGUGAUGGUGAAAAAUGGCUGCAGAAUUAGAGAGAAGCGGCUGCAGAUAUGGGGGUGGGAAAGCGAAACCAGAACUUAACAGUUGCACGAAAGGGGAAACUCUAAUAGCCAGGAGUUGGUGAGUGGAGCAAGCAGAGGCACAGCCCUGUGAAUGUGGGUGGGUGUAUCUGAUAUCCUUUUGAGCAAAAAUGUGGGGGAGAAGCUUUAAACAUGCAUGUGGGGGGAUAUUAAAUGUAAAAUGAAAAGCAGUCCUCUGGAUGUACCUCUGGAGGUAGGUAUUUGCAGGAAGCUGACAGCAACCCACUCAUUAUAGCACAUAUUUUUUUCUCUCGGUGAUGUGAACUGUUUCCUUCGCUUGCCAGACUGAGUCUGCUUUACAGCAGCAGAUUUAUUUCACAGCAGAGGGCUUUGCAUCCCACGGUGCUGGAGUCACAUUAGCCAGUUUACUUGGUUAGUUACUUUUAUUUGUUUACUUCUUGCCGGGCUGUCAAUGCAAGUACAGACAACAGGCUCUUUCCUUUAAAUAUGGACGCUGCAGAAAUUGUAUAGUAGCAAAAACUGGCUAGAUGAGCUUCAGGUAGAGACGCCUUGAUUGAAAAAGACUUAUGAAAUACUGGAAUCAGUAAUAUACUGGGUGAGGACCAAUAAACUGAAGCUGAAUUUAUUUAUUUAAUCAGAUUUAUACAUGGCUUGAUUGUAACAACUACCACCACCACCCUUAAAGUGGUUUACUAAUUCUUCACAAGGCAGGUGCUUUGGACUGGUGGUUCUCAGGUCUGGGAAUUGGAUAGAUGCCCUGUUCUGGAUGGGGCUGCAUUUUUCUCGAAUGAACAGAUACAUAGCAUGGAGGUACUUCUUCUUCUUUUUUAAUUUUAAUUUUUAUUGGAAAUUUUAUUUACAACAUAACACAAACCCCCCACCCCCCCAAUACUGAAAUACAAUAAGCAUAACAUACAACAAUACAAACAACCAAAUAAAAGACUUCCUUUAUCCUGUAUCAAGCCUUAUUUACUUCUUAUAAGCUGUUUCCUUUAUGAAUAAUUAUUAAGAUUUUUCUAAUUAUAACUUAAAUAUCUACAAAGUCUCCUGCAGACAUUAAUCGAAACAAGUUCAGGUAUGUAUUUUAGGGCACUGUUUUGCGAUGUAUUCUCUGCAUUUCCCCCAUGCUUUUUGAAAAUCUUGUCUAGUGUGAUCUCUAAUUGCCUCUGUUAUUCUAGCCAGUUCAAUAUACUCUAACAGUUUGUCUUGCCAUUCCUUUUUUUGUUGGCACAGGUUCUUUUUCCCAGUUUUUAGAAAUUAGGAUCCUUGCCACUCCUGUGGCAUAGAGGGAUAUUUUCUGAUCUUCUCUUGCUAUACCUGUGUCCAUUAUCCCUAGUAGAAAAGCUUCUGUAUUUUUCAUUAAGUUAUACUUAUACUAUAUUCCAGAAGCUUUUGAUUUUUUCACAGGUCCACCAAACAUGUAUAAGUGUCCCCUCUGUCUUACCACACCUAGCAUGGAGGUACUUCUUGAUCUACCUUUGUCACUAAAGGCCCAAGUGGCAUCGGUGGGAGAGAACGCUUAUUUCAGCUCCAGCUGGCACACCAGCUACAGUCAUUUGUGAAGGAAGAGAUAGAGCCUUGCCACAGUACAGGUCUGGGCUAAAGGUGGAUCCCAGAUUUGAAAACCUUGAAGACUACAGGUGAUUCUUUAGUGUUUCAGACAGACGCCUUCGUUAGCCCUGGUUGGAGGCGCUGGGGAACGAACUUGCAAAUCCUGUGUUGUACCACCAAGCUGUAGCCCUUUUUGCCAGUUAGUACAUCUCUCUGCUGGUGGCUCUGUGGGUUAAACCACAGAGCCUAGGACUUGCUGAUCAGAAGGUCGGCGGUUUGAAUCCCUGCGACGGGGUGAGCUCCUGUUGCUCGGUCCCUGCUCCUGCCAACCUAGCAGUUCGAAAGCAUGUCAAAGUGCAAGUAGAUAAAUAGGUACCGCUCCAGCGGGAAGGUAAACGGCGUUUCCGUGUGCUGCUCUGGUUCGCCUGAAGUGGCUUAGUCAUGAUGGCCACAUGACCCAGAAGCUGUACGCCGGCUCCCUCAGCCAGUAAAGCGAGAUGAGUGCCGCAACCCCAGAGUCGGUCACGACUGGACCUAAUGGUCAGGGGUCCAUUUACCUUUACCUUACAUCUCUCUGCUCCGUUUAAAUAAAUCAAUAUUGUGAAUACAUGCCUCAUUUUCACAGCAUUUGGCUGACCAAGUGUCCAAUCGUAUUUGUGUUUCUUUUAUGGUGAUUUAAUGGCGGAUAUCCGCUAUUCAUGUCUAACAUGCUGGUGGCUGGCAUUCAGGCUUGGGUGUUACUGAUGUCAUCCCUCUUUUCCCUUGCUACAGAUGUGCCUGUCGAGAAGCUGGCCACCAUGGAGUCUCUGCAGAGUGUGAACCUCAAGUCAAACCCUGUAAAUGACGAGAUCCGAGUGAUCGCCAGGCCUCUGAUCAAGUUUGACCUCCUGACAUCUCCAGCUGCCCCCAGAGUCUGA